CACAUGGAUGACAAGCAAAUUAUGUUAUAUUUCUUCGUGGCAAUUUGUCUUUUGGGACAACGGAAAGUAUCUGGUAAGUUUACAGCCAAAAUACAUCGAUGCUUUGCAUGUUCACGUCCUGAAGCAUAGUUUGACACCAUGCAAGUCAAACAGCGAAGUAUUUAUUUUCAUCCAAUUGGCGAAGAAUAUCUUUUAUAAAGCCAUCAUCGAACCUCCCAUUUUCCCAUCUCUAACGACUUCUUACCGAAUCGUGAUCAGUUUCGUCUAGUAUUGCUCUUUAGCUCAAAAGCAUUUUUUGUCGCAUCACAAUGGCGGAAUAAUAACUUUCAUUUUUCAUGCAUUGCGGAAAUGAGACCUCAGGCAGAGAUGGAACUUUAUUUGUACUUAAAAAAUAAAGAAAGGCACAUCUUGGAAGGAACUCCCUUAAAGGGAUCACUAAGAAAUGUGACCUGGAAAGCAAAAACAGCCACCACUGUUAAAAGGACGGUAUGUACACGGAAAUAGUUUAAGGGGUGACGAAUGGUCUUAGCGAGCAUUCGCGAACAUUUCGAGCACUGCGAUUUUUUUGCGAGCACUAGCAGAGAUAAAAAAUUUGCUUUCCGAGCAGCGAGCAGUUUAGAGAGUACAACUCGCGAGCAGCGAGCACGUCUUAUAUUUUCCGCUUGCAGCAAUCCAUAUGGAAAUCCUUUUCCAUAUGGGGUUUUAAUUUUGAGCGCACCAAGUUCUUUGAAGCAAGUUUGAGUGACACCUUAUCGAGAUCUAACCAAUUACAGUCGCCUUUGAUGCCAAAUGAUGUCACAUUUUCGCUUCACUUCAUCACGCACGUGUUCGCACGGAUGAGAAAGCAAAGGUCACAACAAGAACAACCGUAUAUAACAAAAAUAAAUAACGUUACCAUAUAUCUAGAUUAGAUAGAUUAGAUCAUUUAUCGUGUGCAUUUCCACUGAACUUGAUCGCCAUAUUUAUAGGAAUCAAGCACCUUACAGAAUUACAUUUACUUUAACCCAAAGAAGGAUUUACAAAAUUUCGAUCAAUACUGACAAGAAAGCGAGGUUUUUGGAGCACGAGCAAGCGAGCACUCGUUUAAAUUUUGCGAGCAAAUCGAGCAAAGGUAAAAUUUUGCGAGCAGUUAAAAAUUUAGUCUGCUACACAGCCGUUUUUAGAGUCGUCACGGAACGCUCCUUCUUUGUGGGGAGGAGCGUUGCGUGGCGACACUAAAAACGGCUGUGUAGCAGACUAUUAAAAAUUUUAAUGGACCAUUCAUCACCCCUAGUUUACGGUUGACUGAACACAAGUUUUUAAAUGGAUUCCAUUUCCCUUUUAAAGGAUAAUGAUAAGCGUGGAACAGUCGGGCAAAGCAAAACUUUAACGGUUAAGAAAUUUUUUAACGGAAAGCCGCGAGCGUUAAAUAGCUUAAGAUCCAAAAAUACCCGUUGUCUCAAAAGAUAUGCCAGACUUUAAAAAAUUGUUAUUUGCUGCGGUUCUAAGAAUAGCAGCAAAUUAUUGUUUUCACGGUUCCAGCUUAUUGACAGCUGUCAUGGAGACUCAAGUAUAAAAGGGCGGCAUUUUACCGAGGUGAUCAUUCUAAGCUGACAUCGCUGCCUGACUUUCGUUUGUCAAUGCUUUUUUCUUUCUGUUUCAUUUGAAUUGAUUCUCGUUGGUCGCUGAUGUACUCAUAAUUUUGUAUUCUAGUACAACCUCUCUCCUGGCUCUGCUAUCAGGAGGGUUCAGGUUUCCUCCUUAGUUAAGGGGGUCUUUCCUGACGGGCAGCAGACACGAUAUCAUCUUUAUUAUUGAUCAAAGAACUUUACUUGGAACUAGCCUUGUUACUUUUUUUUCUAUAUCACUGCCUAUGCAGUAUCUAAGUGUUUGUAUUUGUGUGAAUAAACGGGGACUGAUGUUCUCAUUACGCUGGGCUUCUAUCCAGUGUAGCAGUCAGUUUUCCUAUUUAACACGGAAUGAUUUCAUUUUUUUCACUCUGUGUUCACCGUUUCAACAAUAGGGAAUAGGGAAAACGUAGGUUCUUAUACGCGGGUGCAAUACUGUACGUUUUAACAUUCGUUUGAACAAGAUGCUUAAAUUGGUCUAGCUGAUAGAUGCAUUCUAGGCAACCAGUAAUUUCAAUGUUUUAUCCCUUUUUGUAGCAUCAUGUGCACAAGUUGAUGUAGGGGUGAGCUGGUACAUUCUCGACAAUCAGUUAAAUGCUUCUUCUGAACUGAAUGCCAGCACACCAGCAAAGAAUGGGCGACUGAACUUUGUAGCUGGAUCAUCAUGGUGUGCAUCCACAAGUGACAGCAGUCCAUAUCUACAGAUUGACUUACAGAUUCCUUAUAUCAUCUGUGCUGUAUCCACUCAGGGGAAUUCCCAUGGGAGUCAGUGGGUGGAGUCUUACACCCUACAGUCAUCUACAGAUGGGACAACUUGGACAGACUAUAACGAAAAUGGACAAGUUAAGGUAGUUGAAGUUAAAGGGUGCAUAUAUUAAUGGCCUGGCCCAUCAUUUUAAAAAGGAAAAAUGCUUUUGUAAAGAGCUUUUUCAAAUAGAAAAAAACAUCCACAGAAGACGCGACGAGAUUGCUAAUAAGAAAAUACUACGAGACGAAGAAUUCAAGAAGAUGAAAAGCGAAAUGGAAAAAAUAUAUACAGUUGAACCUCCAUGUGCGACCAGCUCUCGUAAGCGACCAUCUCCCAUGCAAUAAGCGACCCCCCAUCCUAAACACCAAAACUUUCCCCGUCAAAGCCAUACAGUUGGAACUUCUAGAAAACGACCACCUCCUUAAAGCGACCGCGACCACUCUCUAGGCCUGAAAGUUUUAAGAUUUUCUGUUAUGUUUAACCUCUUUUAUUGUAUAGACACGAGUGUUUCACUGGAAAAUAUACCACUCGUAAAAUUCAUAAAAACUACAUCCGGGACCCGAGUGGUUUAUUUUCCAUAAUCUCACACGUGAGUUUAUCUAUGUCGUAAUUUCGGUGAUUUCCCUCUAUUAUUUUAUCGAUGUCUUUUUGUCUAUAUACAAAUUGUUUUGCCACUCGAAAAUAAAAUUCAUAUCUUCGCGCCACCGUGUAAUAUCCUCUAUGUAAGCGACCACUUGACGCAUUCUCUGUGGGUAUAGGUAAAAGGAGCCUUUGACUGAAAGUUUAUUCCCACGCGAGGUUUAUCGAACUCCGCACAGCAGAACUCUGACUCUCCAUUUAGGGGGUAAUUUUUGCAUAAUUUGCUUAAUUAAAAUUCCAAGAAUUUAAGCUAGAGUUGAUUCUGCACACGUACAAUAGGUGGUUUUCACGUUACGUCAUCGCCGCCAUGCUGGUGGACGGUAAACAAAAGAUAGCUCAAUACCUCGUUUUGUUUGUCCACCAGCAUUUGUUCAUUUCACCAUUGUUAUUUGUGUCUCCCGAGAUUGCAUAAAAACCACCUAUAGCUGACAACAGCUAAAACCAGGAAGGGUUUAGAAAUAGAUGUUUUUGUUUCUGUCGUUGUUGUUUUCUACUUUUAUUGCUUUAUGUAAAUUUUUCCGUGCACAAAGGCGGUAUGCUUUGCCAGUUCCACUUGAUUGACGAACGCGGAUCCGUAUACGUAAUCAAUGAUUACCUCUAGUUAUUUGGGACUUUAAGAUCCAACGAAGCGACGGUGACAAGAACGUCACUUAAAAAGUGAAUUUGCGUUCUUUCAGUUUUUAUACCGAUUAUUCCUACCCACUUACUUUGUCAAUUGUAGGCGAACCCCCCUUAAGCUGAAUUUCAAGGGAACAAAAUCAAGCUCAGAAAGAGAAAUAAAAUUUCGUCGUUGCUUUUUUACGACCUCCGUAAAACUAGAAAUUAGACAUUUUCACGUCGUAGUCGUGCAAAAACGGAAAAGAAAUGUACAAAAAAGUGUGAUGCACGUGCGAAGUUGUUGUUGUGCUAAUCAAACCAUGCACAAAAGCUAUCACGGGCGACUGCAAAUUAGCCGCCCCCCUUAAUUUUAUCAGGGGCAUCUCGGCCGGGAAACUGGACUCUGUUCGACUCCAUUUCAUUUCGGUAAGUGACGAACGCGGAUCCGUAAUCAAUGAUUACCUCUAGUCUAACUAUAGUGGUAACCAAAGCCGAGAUAGAAAAACGAACAGCAAUAACACCAGUAUUAAUUCACGUGAAUAUUACUAUAAUAAAUGGAAAUCUUUAAUUGAGAAGAAGUUUGGUCGCUAACAAAUAUUAAUUCAACUAGUAAGGUUAUAUAACAUUAGACUUGCAUUUCACUGUACUUUUGUAGCAAGACUGCAAUACAAUGUACCGCAAUUUGUUGUAAAGUAUAGUAAUUUAUUUUUUGUUCCUUAUUGUUUAUAUAUUUUUAGUAUAUUUAAAGGCAACUUUUGUUGUGCAAGUGUUGUUAGAAAUUGAAAUAAAAAACUAUAUUAAAAGAAAAAAAAAUCUAAGAAGAUUCACCCACACAAAUGGUUUAAAGCAAUGGACAAAUUAUCUGCAAUUGAAAGACUUACUAAACCUUUUCAGCUUUCAUAUUCAUCAAGUAAAUUACAUGUAACUGAGUUCCCUCCUUGUGAGACCACUGGGGGUUCUGAGCUUCAUAGAGGGUAAAUUAAUGUCAAGAUUUCAUCUGGGUUCCUUGGUUAAAGCAACCCUAACCUUCAGUCGUAAAUUGGUUACCCUUUUAUUGUUCAGUAGAACUUUAAUACUACUAUUACAGGUGUUUAGGUGUUUUUAGGGAGGGCAAGAUGAAAGAAUAGGGGUGGGGAUGAUGUGGGGGAAAGGGGGGGAGGGUUGGGGUACUUCAACUCCCAGCGCUUAACCCAUUUUGUGCUUCAUGAAGCACCUAGGAGUAUAAAUUGCUUCUCCCCUGUGAAUGGAAUGCUAGUCAGUUCAAAAGGUUACCUUCAUCGCACUUAUAUAUCAGGUGGGAGAAUGACAAGCGUGAAAAGGAGCAAAGUUUGUUAUCUAAGGGAGAAAUGCCAUGCCGGGUGAAGCUAAUUGAAUCCAGAAGCGGGCAGUGGGGAGUGAGAGGUUGAUACCCCACUGGGUUCACAGGAAAGUCACUAAGAGCCAGGGACCAGGAAUUUCCUAACUAUGUCCUACUACAUACCAGUAUGACCCCUUGUUACUUUCACAGGAAACAAAAGGAAAGCAGACUGAACCAAUAGAAUUUCCUUGCUGUUCAAAUCAUAACCCAUAAUUUGCUUUUGCAACUUGAAAUCUUAGUGACAGCCCUGGGUUUAAUACACUGAACUCUAUCCUUACUACUUUAAGAAUUACCAUCUACAUGAUAAGCCUUUUUUUGUUUUUGAUUUUUUUCCAGACCUUCAAUGGAAACUUCGAUCAGAACUCAGUAGAAAAACAGAUCUUGUUCAGUGCAUUUGUUGCCAGAUACUUGCGUUUUGUUGUUGGGUCCAAACACGGUGGAGCAUGUUUACGAGUAGAAGUUUCUGGCGUACCUAGAAGCAGAGGUUGGAUAUAUUGUAGAAAUUGUUCAGUUUUUAAGGAAUAUAGUUUUUUACCCAGUUGUGGAACCUUCCUUCGCAUCAUUGAAAAGAUCCUUUUUCUUUUUGCGACCACAUCAGCUCUUUCUUUCUUUUGAAAAAUCUUGUUAAAAUACAGUCUUUUCAAGUAAUUCACUGUAUGCCGUACUGUCCUCACUCCUUUCCACUAAAGACAUUUCACAGGAAAGAGGUCUGCAAUUUCACCCCAAAGAUUCCAUAUUGAUGAUCAUAAAUUAUGUAGAUUUGUCUGGAAUCUAGUCAACGAACAGGGAUUGGUCAAAGUUGUCAUUCUAUUCUUUUAGUUAUUGUUUACGAAUGACAGAAAAAAGACAAAAGAUCACAAAGAUGUACAGUAAAUGCCAUGAAUCAACAAAAAAGUCAUUAUUCAUGGUAUAUAACCUUCUUUACAAGAAGAAUUUGAGUUUUGCUGCUGCUGGCUUGCAGAAGAACUCAAAAUUUUUCAAUAAUAGACCAGGAGAGACUUUAACUCAAACAUUUUUACAUCUAGAACCCCAUGACUACCAGAUUAAUUUUGUAAACCUUUGAUUUAUGUCAUCAAUGUGGAAUUUUGGGGGCGAUUUUGCAGAUGUCUUUCCUGUAUAAGGUCUUAAGUGGCGAUAAAUUAAGAGAGAUGGCUAGUGUAUUUGCAGGCUAGUUUGUGACCAACCGGUCACAAUUAAGAGGUUGAGAUUUUGAACAGUUACCGAUCAAAUACUUGCCAAGACCAUUUUUUCAUGCUGCACUGCAGACACACUACAUUACAGCUGUACAUGUACUUUGAACAAUAACAAGUUGAUUCUGAAAGGCCUUCAAUACUUGAUUUUCCUCUUUUUAAGGCUGUACUCUAAGAAAAAUUCUAAGGAGCCGAACGCUCUGUACUUGUGAAACCCAGGGUACCCUACAGGGUACCCUGCAGUGGUCUCCAGGAGCUGGGGCCGAGAGCACAGCCUGCAUCCCUGCUGCCUUUAUCUGUAAUUUUUAUUAUUUGUUUGGUUUUCAGUUCAGAGUAAUAUUGCCCUUUUCAAGCCCACCUCUCAGUCAAGUACUGUAGAAUUUUUGUAUGCUAGCAAAGCGGUGGAUGGAGGAAAGGGUUUAUACUACAGCAAGUGUGCACACACUUACAAAGAAAGCGAUCCUUGGUGGAGAGUAGACCUGGGGCGAGUAGAGCCUGUAGCUGAAGUGAAUAUACUCAACAGAGGAGACUGCUGUGGGAACAGGUUAAACGGAGCUGAGAUGAGAGUGGGUAGGUAGUAAGUGUGGGAGAUCAUUGGCUGUAAUCAGUUGCACUGCCUUUUAACAUUUCUCAGAAGAAAAGUAUGUAACAUCGACCUCUUUGUUUUGUAAAAGUGUAUCAAUAGCAUUUUCUUUCUACAUAGUUUAACACAUUCAUGUAAAUUCAAAUUCCCACAGAUGCUAUUUGAGUGAGCCAGUAUAUAUGCCAAUGUAAAGGUUUUGCAAGUGAGAUUGCAGCACUCCCCUGAUCUUAAAGAGAAUGUCAAGAUUGUUUCUUUGUUACCUUUUCAACGAUUAUUAUACAUGAUUGUGUUUAAAUACUGCAGUUUAUGCUACCUCAUAUUGUGUAGUUCCAGAAAAUAUCUAUACCCCCCACCCACGGAGGGCACUUUUGCUUAAAACCCCCACCCCCCUGGAAUUUCCAUUCCAGCAGGUACUCGUCAUACCCCCCACCCCCUGUAAUUUCCGUUAUUAUUCAACUUGAUUAGGUACCCCCUGGAAAGAAUAUUUGUGUUAAAAAGGUUGUUGCACUUUAUUAUUAUUAUGUAAAAGAUAAUUUUUUCUGCGAUAAAGUGAGAUAAAAAUCUUUUCCUUUACGUUAACAGGGUGUCUAAUUAUCUCAAGGACGUUCUAAUAGGUAACCAUAGAGGCGAUACCUUACGCUACUGACUACACAAAUAUUGUCAUCUGCAAAAGAACCCAUUACAUUCAAACUAAACACCACGUGAAAUUGAAUUACUUCAUCAGUAAGAACAUGUUACAAGAAGGCUUAGAACAUGACCAAAUUACGGUGAAUCAAAUGGGUAAUAAAGCAACAGCCACUGAACAGCUAGAUAACCAGAAGUUUAUUCAUGAGCCGAUGACAUUGUAUCUAUGAAAACUGUCGCAUAGCCGUGAAAAAGAUGAUCAAUGCAACACCGGUAACAGUAAAAUAACUUAUAGCUUGCUUAGUAGAGAGGCUGUUAUUUAUUAAUAAAUCACCAAUUUUACUCAGCCUCCCUGGAAAAAAAUCUGUAAGCAGCCCACAAUCCUUGGAAACUGACUUUUUUGGACCCCCCUCCCCUCGGAAUUACCGUUGCCCUCCGUGGGGAGGGUGGGGGCAUAUGCGGGAUAUUUUCUGGAACUACACAUUUUCUUUUAUUCACUUUGCAAGGAAAUGAAACAGCAAAUGGAGGAGCAAACAACCAUCUUUGUGCAGAUAACAUACAAAUCCCAACAGCAAGUUCCAAGACAUAUUCCUGUCGUCCCAAAGCAUAUGGCAGAUAUUUGUACAUCAGAAUACCUGGCAAUGACAAAAUUUUGACUCUCUGCGAGGUUGAAGUUUAUUCAUUAGGUAAGAGUGUUAAUCUUUCCUCCUGUUUAUUUUAUAGGUAUGCAUGAUGCUUGUGUGUGUAUCUUUUGUAUCUUUGUUUUUUUGCCUUUUACUAAACAAGUAAUCUGUUAAAAAAUAAGAAAAAAAAAACACUUGCCAUUACCAUUUUUUUAUGUAUGUAUAGCUGUACAUGUACUUUGAACAUUAACAAGUUGAUUCAGAAAAACCUUCAGUACUUGAUUUUCCUUUGUUUAAGGCUGUGCUCUAAGAAUAAUUCUAUCGAGCCCAGUGCUCUGUAGCUGAGAUUUUCUAGUCGCCCAAGAGCAGAAGUAAGGACCUAGUUGUCUCCAGGAGCUGGGGAGAGCAAAGCCUGCAACCCUGCUUCGUUUAUCCGUAAUUUUUAUUAUUUGUUUGGUUUUUAGUUCAGAGCAAUAUUGCCCUUUUCAAGCCAACAAGUGAGUCAAGUACAUGGAGUAAUUCGAACCCUGCUAGUAAUGCAGUGGAUGGAAAUAGGAGUCCAUACAUCAACAAGUGUACACAAACUAAUGCAGACAACAAACCUUGGUGGCGAGUAGACCUGGGGCGAGUAGAGCCUGUAGCUGAAGUGAAUAUAGUCAACAGAGACAGAUUGCCAGAAAGAUUGACUAAAGCUGAGAUAAGAGUGGGUAGGUAGUAAUUUUGGGAGAUGCUGUAAUCCGUUGCUUUACCUUGUUGAAAAGUGUUCCUUGUUCAUUUUGAAAUAAUUUAAUUAAUCUGAGAUUGUUUUCCAUUUCUCAGAAGAACAUUAUGUGAUCACUGUGUUUUGUAAAAGUGUACAUGUAUUUAGUAUCAAUAGCAUUCAUUUGUAACGGCUUUGAUUGCCUCCUUCCGAACCGGAUUUAAUCUUAAGUUUGAUCUUAUCUAUUUCCGCUAGGCUGAUAAUUACACGUGAUUCCAAAAUAGUUAUAGUCUUACCCGAAACCGCGUUUUAGUUAAUUAGCCUUUGUCUUGCUACUGGACUCAUCAGGAGUGUCAGUUAAGUCAGAAGUAAGAAUACUGAAAGUUUUGGAGGAUCGGUAAAGCGGGACUGUUAUGUAAGUGAUUUUUAUUCUUUUCUAAGGUUCAGUAAAUUUAAGUUUAAGAUUUUGUUUUGUUUUUUCGCUAGUUUUAACUGCAGUUUUGCCAAGUCAAGUUUUGUUCACGUUGCAUGGCUUGAUCGCUAUUUCAUAGCCUGACAUAAUAUGUUUUUGUGGGUUAUUGGUCAAUACUAGUUUUACUGUCUAUCCAUUCAGCCUUUGUAGCAUAAUAAUUAGAUUUUGGAUUAUCGUGCGUCGUAGUUUUGAUUUUGCUUACUAUGUAGCUGUGGAAUGAUUGGAAUGCUACUGUACCCAUAUUUCAGCACGCAUAUUGGCUGAGUGCUCGUCAAUUUAUCCCAAAUAGUGCAGAAAGUUGAAUCUUUUGUUGCUGUUGUUGUUUUUUUAAUUUUUAACUUUGCGGCCACGGUUUUAGCUAAAACCGUGGCCCCAACGUUUUCUCACGCCUUGCGUAAAAAAUUUCACAGCUGCGCCUGUUCCUUUUCGUAAAUCCGGCCAAACCCUCAAUGUUUGCGACCAUCAUUAUUUUUAGUCAUAUUAUGGCUUAAAUACAGGGGUUUAGUAUUUGAUUGUAAAACUUCCUGAAGAAGUCUACGUUAGUUAGACGAAACGCGUAGGAGAAUAAACAAGUUUUACAGCAACAGUGGCAGAGUUUCUAAAAAUCAAAAAAUUAUAAAAAUUUUUAAAAAUUGCAAAAAAAUUAAAUCAAAUUGAUUGUCAGCCUCAGGUAAGUUAAGGGUCUUUCAGUAGAAUAAUCGACGACUUCUUUAUGUAAUUUGUCUUUUUGGUAAGGAUGAAGAAUGUGCAAACACACGUAAAUCACAAGCCAUGUAACCAUGAAGCCAUUCUGAUUUCAGCAACUUCUUUCACGCGGCAUUUUGAUCCACACUCCAAGAAAGAAACCAUAAAAAAAAAAGCCAAAUAACAAAUUGCAAAAUUCUUGACUGACAAUCAAACAUGAAAAAUGUCUUGAAAGAAAAACACUAAGUUUUCUUUACAACUCCCUUUUUAUUAACAGUCACUGUUAAAAAAGCUUGUGUAUUUUCAACACGAGGCCAUACAUCGUGUAACAUUUAUCUACCGAGUCACCGUAAGAACAUGGUAAGAAACUUAAAAUAGUUAUGCCCGCCGUUAAACGAGACAAAAAAUGUAAUAACUCAAACUCACCUGAGAUGCAACUCCUGAAAGCUAGUAAUUGAGGUUCGUAUAGAAACGCUUUAGUUUUCUCUGUUACUCUGCUGUGAAAGCCUGCAUUAAAGUUCUUACAAAAACAGCCAUCGAUGAAACCACAGUUGCGACGCUUUCCUCAACCAAAACCCAAAUAAACAAACCACAACAUUGGCGGAUCCAGGGGGAUGGUUGAGUGGGCUGCAACCCCCUCUUUGGGAAGUUUUUUAAACUUGUCUGGUUACCCAUGUCUAUCCCUUUUUCAUACCAAAAAUAAUAUUAUAAGUUAUAAUUUAAGUUUUGGUCCAAUCGGCCAUUACAAGAAGACUUUUGCUAUUCCUCUUCUUGAAUUGACUCCUUACUUAUCCAAGUGCAAGAUCGAUUUUCUGACGAAGAUCGCCACGCCCACCAUCUGCUUUGUCUCGUGCCAUCGAUUAUAGUAAAUAAAGCACUGCAGCUGGAUCGGAUAAAGUAAAAGGCGCGCUGUUCUGGGAGAAAAACAUUCCACUUCUGAAAUCCCUUGGAAAUGAGUUACGUAGAUGGAAAACACUCUGGCAGUCAACAGAUAGGUAGGUUCCAAACAACCUUUUAUUAGCAUUUGACGAAGGAGCUUUUCCAAACAUCUAUCGCCUUCUGGUCGUUACCUGCCCCCUAACGAUCACAAGCGGAGAAGCUGAGUUGUCGUUUUCACUGAUGAAAUGAAUCAAGACCUGCUCUAGGUCAACAAUGGAAGGAUUCUCUGAUCUCGCAGUGAUCGUCAUGCACUACUCCGAGAGAUUCGAGGUGCAGUAGACGAGAUAUGCGAAGCCUUUGUAAAUGCUCAUCCGAGAACGCUCUGUCUCUGUCUCUGAAAACUGUCCGAUUUGAGCUGUCCGAUUACCUGGAGCUUGUAAUCGGACAGGUCAAAUCGGACAGCUAUAGAACCAAUGAAAACCAAGUAGCAAAUGUCCCAAGCCAUUGAAGUUUGAUCACAUAGCACACGAUAACCAAUCAAAAUCAAUGACGAAAUAGUGACCGGGUAAGCUGUCCAGCUUCAACUGGAAAAGAAAAAUGCAUAAAACUAACUGGUCCAGUGACUUUUAUACACAUUAAUAAAUAUUCCAAAACUGAGAUUCUCGCAUUUUGUUACUGACACAAUUAUUCGAUGACAGGAAUUCGUGUCAUACACCACUCAAUCCUAUUACCAUUACUAAUAGUGCCUCAAAUUCCUCUGAAACAUAUUCAAACAUAACCCUAACCUUCGUCACCCUCCCCCAUUCCCACCCUUCCCCCUCCCCCAUUCCUUGGCCCUGGGACGUUUGAAAAAAUCCUGGAUCCGCCCCUGCACAACAAAGGAAUCUUGUUAGUAGAUGUAUUUAUUUCCGUCGCGGCAGUGGAAAAACAUGACGAAUUAAAGACGCAAAAUCAGCCAAAAUGACAAAAGGCUUCAGUUUUCUAUAAACAAAUUUCUAGCUGCUGCGUUUUUAGCCAUCAAUAUUCGCCUGUCAAAAUUUUGACCAAUCUUGGUCGAGGUUGUCACUUGUAGGCGGGAAGAGGGAGCUGUGACAAACGCUGCGAGGUGACAUAUUAUUAACAAGUAAUCACAUGAUUUUUCGCGUGCAAUUUAGGCUAAAACAGCAGUCGUAAGUUUUCAAAGACCACAAAUUGCACUCGCCCUGGGGGUGCGUGCAAUUUGGUUGGUCUUUAAAAAAUUUGCUUGUGCUGAUUUAUCCCAAAUUGUGCUCGAAAUCAUGCAAUUACCUAUACAUAUUGUUAUUGCUUCAGUUUACGAUGUGAUCUCGGAUUCGUGGAUGUUGUGAUAAAUUAAGAUUGAUUCAAGGAGAGCGUCCGUAAAGUACAUCCCCGUAAUCGUAAUUUAUCGCGUCGAACCCGAACAAGUUGGUUCUCAAGGCUUCGGGCGCCGAUCCGUUACAAACAUUUUCCUCCUAAAUAGUUACAUUCAUGUAAAGUCAAAUUCCCACAGAUUCUGUUUGAGUGCUGCGCCAAUAUAUACAUCAAUGUAAAGGUUUUGCAAGUGAGAUUGCAGCACUCCCCUGAUCUUAAAGCAAAUGCCAAGAUCGUUUCUUUGUUACCUUUUCAACUAUUAUUGUACAUGAAUUGUGUUCAAAUACUGCAGUAAAUGUUACCUCAUAUUUUCUUUUAUUUGCUUUGCAAGGAAAUACAACAACAAAUGGAGGAGCAGACAACAGUCUUUGUGCAAAUAACAUACAAAUCCCAGCAGGAAGUUCCAAGACAUAUUCCUGUAGUCCCAAAGCAUAUGGCAGAUAUUUGUACAUCAGAAUACCUCGCAGGGAAUUUUUGACGGUCUGCGAGGUUGAAGUUUAUUCCUAUCUUAAAUCAGAAAGUAAGAGCGCUUUUCUUUCCUCCUGUUUAUUUUAUAGCUAUGCAUGAUGCUUAUGUGUUAAAAAGUUAAAGGUUAAAGGCUUGUUUAUAGUGGAAAUUGCACUUAGCUUGUCCAGCUAAUUUACAGGCACUCCACUCAAAUAUUUAGAAACAAAUAAUUCAAAUACAACAUAACAAGAUUAAAAACUGGCAGAAGGCAACCAGUUGGCUAUUUACAAGCGUGGCCGAGAAUUUGAACUCGGGACGACCGAGCACAAAUCCAGCAAGUGGCCCGAGCGGAACUCGAACCCGGGACCGCCGGAGUACGAGUCCGACGCGCUGACCACUCGGCCACGCUGCCUCCUGUCUGUGUGUAUGUGUGUGUGUGUGUGUGUGUAUGUGUGUGUGUGUGUAUCUUUUGUAUCUUUUUUUUUGCCUUAUACUAAAAACGUAAUCAGUUUUAAAAAUCGUUUUGUAUAGUUAACAUAUAAAGAGUUUCUUUAUUUUUUAAUCAAUCUGUUCAUUUUUCUUUUGUGGUGUUUGCCUAAUUUGAUACAGUUAUGUGAUAAAUUCCUCUUACCGAGAGAAUUCCGUUGUUAACAACGGUUUCAACAGUGUAAAAUAUUUUAAAUUCCCUUAAAUUUAAGUUUACUAAGGUGCAUUGCAUUUUUUUUGUCACUUUACAUCAUUCUUAAUAUUGUCCACGAUAAUCAGCCGGGAAAACCUUGAGAAAUAAAGGGGCGUCUUUUAGUGUAUACUGUAUUGUAUCUUAAGCAGUAUUCAGUGAAUAUGAAUUGAUUAAGUGUGAGGAAAUUCGUGCCCCUUUCCCCGCUAGUUUCUCGGUGAGUUGCCGAAGUGUGCGAUCACCAAAUGACAUAAUACAAAAGGACACUGACAAUACCCAAACCACAACAAGAUACCUAACUUUCCGCCGCUGAUCAGUAGUUACGCCCUGCUCGCACAGUGUUCCGCGCUUUUUUGGUUUCGGCUUAACAUGGUUUUACUUUAAGCUCUGCUGAUUUGUUCAUUAGCUAGAUUUGCCGGCGUCGUGAUUGGUCGGAGUAUUAGCUUUGGUUUGAAUUCAUACUACACUCAUUCUAAAACCGCGAAUAGGUUAAACUGGGCACCCUCACGUCGCUGUAUAUGAAGGAACAGCGGUCGAUCCGAAGCGAGUAUUUAUUGAGCUUGUAAAGUGAAGUGUAUGAAUGGAUGAUGAAGCGGUCAGGAGCCAAGAUGGACGUUAAAUUUUAAGCUCACACUUCUUACCUUAAUAAGUCGUUUUUCCACAGUCCUUUUAUUUUGCGUGUCAAAAGAUCGGGGUGGCCCCGGGGUUGCCCGGCCCACGGGCAACGCAAAAUUUGCAAAUGCCCCACCCCCGGGACUGACAAGGCGGGCAAAUGCCCCGCAUUAGCCCGGGGUUAGGGGCGCGGGGCUGGGCGCAGCUGCCUGUUGGCUGAUGCAUUAAGCGAAACCUUGAAAACCAAGUUCAUCUCUUAGACGAGUUGAAUUUUGAAUUUAGCAUUAUAGGAGUUUCAGAAACUAAAAUAAUCAGCGGUAAAGAAAUGGAUUUCAAUCCAAGCAUAUCUGGAUAUGUCUUCGAAUAUUUUCCGACACCUCUAGCCUCUCACAUUGACAAUUUGAUUGUCUAAAGAGCCUCCUUUUGAUAAAACAACAUCAUCAAACGAAAAAACCGAUGUCUCUUUUACAGAGAAGUAGGCGCCAAAGGUAACUGGAAUUUUUGACGAGAAUCAUGAGUUAACCCCUUCGAAAAAAUGCAGAUGUUUCGACCAUAGUAAAAUGACACUUUUAUCGUCUAAAAAGACUCAUUUUGAGAAAACAACAUCAUCAGACAACAAAGGUCUCUUUUGCAGAAAAAAAAAAUGCUCGAAAGAAAUUUGGAAUAUUUGACCAGAAUCAUUUGUUAAACUCUUUGAAAAAAUGCAAAUUUUUCGACUAUAGUAAAAUGACAUUUAUGUCGUCAAAAAAGCCUCCUUUUGGGAAAACAACAUCAUCAGACGACAAAAAGGAGAUCUCUAAAAUACAGAAAAGUAGGCUGGAAAGAGUCAUUUGGAAUUGUUGUUAUUGUUGUUGUUUUUUUUUUUGGUAAAACAGGAAGGAACCCCAGAUCAAAGCAAUAACAUUGUUCUACGUUAAGAAUAAUAACACGAUAAUAAUUCUUCCUCCUUUUUUUCAUAAACUUACUAAGUUUGAGGUUGUGUACUUUAUAUAUUUUUUUAGGUUGUGUACUUGAUCCAGUAGGAGUGUCGGAUAGUAGCGUUAUUUUGGAUCAGAGGAUUUCAGCUUCGUCAUCUCUUAGAGGCCGCAGUCCAUCUGAUGGCCGAUUAGAAGGAUCCAAUGCCUGGAUUCCUGCCACAGACAAUGACAACAAUGAUUUCCUGCAGAUCGAUCUAGGAUCUCUUUACUUUGUUUGUGGAGUAACAACACAAGGAAAUCCAAAUAACGACUAUUGGACAAAAACAUACAAGAUAAAGACGUCCCUGGAUAAUUUCGUGUGGACAUUCUACUCUGAGGGUGGCUCCGAAAAGGUACUGUUAACAUCCCUUUCUGCUGUAGGUGUAGUAAUAGCGAAAUUAUAAUCGUGGAGACACUAAGUAGUAAAGGAUUGUGUUUACCUCUUAGCCUUGAGAAACCAGGAUUUCACAUGCCGAAGUUGCUUUCGUCCCCUUUCUCUCCCUUCCAUUCGCUUUCCUUUCUCUUCGCUCAUCUUCACCGUCUCUAGUUGCCCCCUUCUUUUCUUCCUGCCUCCUGCCUUGCUUUCUUUUUCCCCUCAUUGCUACAGCCUUCCGUCCUUGGUCUCUCACUGUUUACAUAGAAAACAUUAAGGAAAUAAGUGUAAAAUGUAAAGAAACUGACAUACACGUGCUCCUUUUAAUAUCCUUUGCCUUUUGUUCUGCCGGCGGGAGUCAUCGUCAACGUAGUUGCAAUCCUCAUAAAUAUCGUUUGUUUAUAUGUUUUUUUUUUUCUGCUAUUAACCGUGAGCGGGUAGGGUGAGACGUAAGAUACGUUAAAAUUUUUGACCGGUUGAAAAAUUUGACCGGACACGGAACCGUUCAACAUUUUCGCUUUCUUGACACGGAACUUACGAACUAGUUUGAGAAUUUUUUUUUUCAGUUGUUUUUCCAUCUACCCAUGCCCAGAGCACUACUUCACGUGAAAUCCAGUAUGGCGUCUCCCAGCUGAGUUACCACGCAUUCAUGCAAACACGCCCUUGUACACAAAAAUUUAGAUGAUUAUGGUGUUCACACCUCUUGAUUUUUCUCAUUUCAAAUGUUUGAACGGCUAGGCGUUCAAAUUUUCGUACGGUUAGCGUGUUUCCGUGCGAAUGAAACACCCAAACGCACGAAUUUGUCUUUCAUCAGCAUCUUAUAGAAAUUUUUGUUAAUUUGCUUUUAGAUAUUUACUGGAAAUGAUGACAAGAACAGCAUUGUAAGAAGUGAACUAUAUGAGCCACUUGCUGCCAAGUUUAUUCGUUUUUAUCCAGUUACAUUUCAGAACAGAAAAGCAUUAAGGGUGGAGGUGUAUGGAUCUAAGCAAGGUUGGUCUCUUAGUACAUACCCAAUACAUGCAGUUCAAAAGAUAACCAUAGCAUUAAAAAAAUGCACUUUUUCUGAGUGUCAAUGUAUUUAGCAAGAAAGUAGUGAUAAGGGACACUAUUUUUUACGGGACCGCCACUUUACGUGGUCAUCCGAGCCACGCGAAGGUGUACCUGUUGCAGGGCAAAGGGAGUACCCUUCAUUUCUCAGUUAUUUUAAGACCUUGUGUAUUGAUCCGGCCCCGGGAAUCGAACCCGCGACUUCCCGCUCCGCUGUCGAACGCUCUACCGACUGAGCUAACCCUGCCGCUGAAUUCUGGUUUGUAAAUACGAUGCAAGGAAACUGACUCAGUGACCACUUAGUUCAGUGCUCAGUUUUAAUAGGGAGGUUAAGCAUGCAUGCAACCACGACGGCGACGGCAUCACAAACCUCACUUGUAAAAGCAUAGGCGCUCUUUCAAAUUUCAUCGCUUUUGUUUCAUCACGCUAAAUUUGUCAAAUGUUAGAGAAUUUUUCGCGAGUUGAGUUCUAAAGGUCUGUAUCUCAGUUUAAAAAAAGAAAAAGAAAAGGAAAAUCGUUGUCUUGUGUUCACAAUCUCAAUGAAACGUGAAAUUAAGAAGUUUCACGUCGUUGUCGUGCAGUGACGGCAAACAAAUAAAAAUACCUAAUGCACGCGCAAAGUUGUUGUAAGUUUUGCUUAUCUAAGGCCUCGUUCACGCGUAUCCUUUUUUGUUUGAAAACGGAUAUUUUUUCCUCCGGUUGAGCCUACCCUCCACACCCACUAAUGCACUGAAAUUGGUCACCGAAAACGCACCUUUUCAAAAACCCUCUCCCGAGUCUAGAUUUUUGAAAACGUCGGCUUUUCUUUUACGUGUGAACGGACGAAAACAGUUUCGAAUUCGGAAUACAAUGAUGUCAUACAUCAUAUACUUCGAUUCUAGCAUAACGCAUGCUCAAUAAUGAAGCUAUGGUAUUUCCUUCACCGGCGAAAAACGUCUGAUUGGUCGACGCGCGACCACGUGACAUUGCCAAAUUCAAAAUGGCGGCAAUACCUGUAUCGUUUGUUUAUUUCAGUGGAAAGAAGAUUAAUUGCGGCUUAAUAUGAGUUGUAAAUGCAUAAAAUUAUAGGGAUAUUUUUAGAAUAGCCUAGAAUUUUUAAUAUCCUUUUUCACUUAUUCCUGUCUUCCACAUGCAAACCAGCGAUCUCAACGUCAAUAACACUGAAUCAGACCAUGCUAAUGCGAUUUUUCGCCAGUUUCAGGACGCUAUAUUCUCUAGAAAACACACUUACGUCAAAACUUUGACCAAAAUAAUUUUUGAUCUCUUACAGUGGCAAGAAAUUGCAACGCUGUCACUGCCAAAAAAGCCACCAUCGCUUCUUUCAUCUCAACAACAUUUCGUGGGCGUUUUUGCCUCGGAGCCAAUGACAUUGCCCGAAAUAGAUCACGUGUCAUUUUUAGUAGAGCAUGCGCAGACAUUUUUCGCCGGUGAAGGUAUUUCCAUCGUUUUAGCGUUUUCGUGUGGAUGUGUCUACGAUUCGAAUAUGCUACGUGUGGUUACGUAUUUGUUCGAAAACGGAGGAAAAAAUCUCCGUUAUAAAAAAUAUCCGGAUAUCACUGCCUGACCAAUCUUUGUACAUAUAUGCUCAUUUCACGUUUUCUUGUUUCCUCUCUGUUUAGUUUUCUCCUUUACUUUAGAAACAGAGUGCUUUUAUAAAUUGGAUUCACUAUACUGAUUUUGUCCCUCCUCGUUUGUUUCCUUCUUAGUCAUUGUAACUAAUAUGGGGCGGAUAAAAAUUUAAAAAAGCGUUCAAAAACUCAUUAUAAUUCACAAAGAAAAAACAAAAGAAAUUUUAAAAGUUUAAUGAGUGACUUUACAGGGACAUCCAAUGACUGUUUUCUGUAAAAUCUGUUCGGAGAAGCAAAAAUUGCCCAGAAUUUUUUAGAUGACCUUUCCUUUCAUGCACAAUUUUCGAAGCUUAUCUAAUAAAUUCCCUUCGAUUUUAUGUAUUUCACUCCCCAGGUUAAGCCUUGUUUUUAGAAGAGAAAGGAAAGUUAAACCUAAAAUUUUUGGAACCAAAAGUGCGACGCAGAGAAAAAUUCUAACCUUCGUAAAACUCUAAAUUGCACCUAAAAUUUUCGGGAAAAUAAUGCUAAAGCCCUUGUAAUUUCGAAAAGACUCAAGCUGCCCUAAGAUAAACAAACAGAUAAAAAUUUUUAGCUCUACUUAGAAUACAUUUCUAGAGAUCUAAAAGUACUGUGGAUAUCCUAAAAAGUGUUGUCAAUGCAUUUAGGAGGAAACCGUCGUUGGGUGCCCCUGUCUUUAUAUCUGAUAAAGACACGGCUAAACUUUACGUCCAAUUUUGUAGACCAAAAUCGACCCCAAAUUUAAAUAUCAGUGUAAGAGUGAGUUGAUCUAUAUCAGAGAUUUUGAAGUCGUUCAAAAACUCGCAGUCUGUGUCUGAUCAGGGUUAAAACCUGAUAAUCGAAACUGCUCGUUUUUUAAACAGCACACAAAAAUUCUUAAUAAAAAUGCCAUAUUUCUUGAUGUUUUUACAGGUUGCUUUGAAUCGUUUAAGAAUGAACGAUUUCAAUCGACCAGGGAUUUUACAAUUACAGCAUCCUCAGAACUUAGUAGUUAUCGAGCUGAUUAUAGUCGCCUUUAUGGUAUUCGUGGUUGGUGCAGCUCUUCAGCAUCCCUACCUCAGUACUUACAGGCUGAUUUCAAUAAACCUGUAACAGUCACAGGCGUGGCCACUCAGGGAGAUGCUCUAAGGAACAACUGGGUGACAAGCUAUUUAAUCCGCUAUGGAUAUGAUGGUAAAACAUGGAUUAGUUACGGAACUGGACAGGUAAAUUUGCAACAUGUAUUCAUAUAUUUGUGUGCAUUUGCUUAAAGGGAACUCCAGGAGUUUUUCCCCGACAUUUCGGCUCGUUUACUUUACUUUACUCAAGCUGCAGUAGGCAUUAAAUCAGGCUCAUCCUCGGUGUAAAAACCUUUGAAACUCACGAGUGACGUAAAAAAAUGAAUACAAAGAAGCCACUGAGGAGCCAGCACAAUCGAGCCAAGGAAAAUAUUAACUAGAAAACAAAGAAAAACUUCACGGGUUUUUACACCGAGGUAAACCCUAAAAUCAUGUGCUUAUAAUGCUGUUUACAUCUUUGUUCAACCUCCCCUGUCCCCCUGGCCCUUCACGACCACCACUACCUGCGAUCAUUUCCCAUAAUUCCUAUGUCCAUAUGAUAAAACAAUCCUAUUUGAAAUCAGCGUACGCGAUAAAAGUUGUUUUUUCUGGUCGGUUAAUUUCCUAGUUUUGUGUUUUGGCUGUCUGGAGCAAAGUUUUCCGGAAAGCAUUAUUAAGCCUUAUGACUGAACAAGUCUCACGAUUGGCAAUCGUCCAAUUUCCGUCGUCCAGUCUGUUACCGUAUUUCGUCUCAUUUUGGCUACAUGGGUGAAAAACUGACCUCGGGCCCGAGACAGAAAAUUAUCACAUUGUGAACUUUGUUGUAAGCGGUGACGAGUCUCUGGCCUCAAAACUUAGGUUGUAGGAGUCGAACAAUGCACCAAUGUUUAGUCCUACAUUGUCCGAUUACAACCUAAAAUUUGACGCUCCUUAAUGAACCUUAAUGAACCUUUAACAUGAGCCUCUGGCUCGGAAGAUUGUGUAAACACUUCCCACGUCUUCGACAUUAAAUAACCUAUAUUUGUACAGUAACUGUGUGUGACUAUCUAAUGUGCUAAAUAUUCGAAGCAAAUACAGAUUCAUUCACAUCUAUAAGUCUUUUACACUUUCGAGUAGACUUCAAGCGAGUAAAAACAAAAUCACACAACCUUUUAACUAAAGGAUGUUUAAAUCUUAUCUUUUGUCAGACAUAAUGAGUAGACAGAUCAAACAGAGAAGAUUAUUACUUUAAAGCUGAAGAUUUACUUAGUGCUUAUCCCUGACAACUUUUCUUAUUUGUCCGUUAAUUAUCGGAACUUCACUCGAGGAACGGGCCCCUGAACGGACAUUUGCAACCCCAGUUAGGGUGACUCGUCCCCAGUCACGAGAAGCGUGUUCGAAGGGAGCGCGAGGGGUGAUGUGAAGGAAAAGCAGAAGAAUUCCUCCUUCCCAUCACCUCUAGUGCUCCCCUUCAGUCGGUUUGACAAUAUACCACACAGAUUGUGGUCUCCUGUAAAUAAAAUUAUUUGUAUAUCUCCACUUACUUUGUUCUUGAUCUACCACUCAGCAUUUGAUUGGAAACAGCGACAAAAGUACCAUUGUUGUCCACUGGUUUGCUCCCCCGUUUGCAGCGCAGUAUGUCAGAAUAUUUCCCAAAACAUAUACUGGUGCAAUAUGUAUGAGACUGGACUUGUUUGGCUGUAAGGAUUGUAAGUAUAAUUUGUUAGAGGGGGAUUUAUAAAAAUUUAAAUUAAUGGGAUACAUGUGCUGCCGUAUACAGCCAAUAAUUAAUGGUAAUAAUAAUUAAAAAUUUAUAACGCGCCUUUUCCAUGCAAAUAUGAUCGAAAACGCUAUACAAUGCCCUGAAUAUUAAAAAAGAAAAUAAAAGCUCAAAUGUACGUAGCAAUUUAAGCUAAAAAGUAAAUUAAGCCUAAAAAUUUGAAUAAUCAAACGAGCUUAAUCUUGUCAAUCUUAGUAUCGCACGCAGCCGUUUUUGUCUCGUCACACAACUCUCCUCCCCAUCUUGCUUCCUCGGUUAACCAAUGAGAACAAGGAAUGUGCCUCAUCUUGCCAGCUAGCCACAUAAUAAGUACUUUAGUGCUAUUUGGUAUGAUGCAGCACUUUCUAGCCUGCGUAAAGGAAAUGGGAUUAAGACAUUUACUGGCAGGCUAACUGCUGUCGUCGAAAACGGCGCAAUCUGCAUUUAAGAGUGAACGAAGUUUGUAUCGUAAUGCAAACCUUUUUGCCAGUAGACAGUGUUUGUAUAGGUUGUCCUACAACUUCGAGUUCAAUUUUCAAUUUACUUGCACGAGUGUGUUUUUCAAAAAAGUAUCAAACGGGCAAAAAUUCACCGGAUCAAAAUUCGUCCACAAAUCACCCCCACAAUGCAAUUCGAUUGACACAUCACCUGAACCCAGUCUCACGCGCAACCUCAAAGUGGCCAAUAAAGAUUUGCGGCACCUGAUUGGUUAUUAAACAAUUCUAUUGUUUUUUUGCCAAUCACAGUGGUUCAUUCUCUGAGAAUUGAAUUAUAUUUCCUCGUUUUUGCACCCUGCUUACUUAUAGGCUGUUCACAGUCCCCUAUUUUUCCGUAAGUUCAUCGAGAUCGACCGCUCUGCAUUACUGGUGGCCAUAUAUCUUGGAUUUGUAUUAAAUCUACUUUCUCGCCUCUCUUCCCCUACAUAAACUCCACAUGCUAUAAACCCCGGCUCGAUCUUGAAAAUGCAUUAGUGCUCUCAGCAAAUCAGAUUCAAUAAACCUAAUGGAGUGUAAAAUUAAGGAAUUAUUGUAUUUCAUAAGUUUGCCUAAGUUAUUUCUUGUCGUCUUUAUAUUGAUUAUUCGCUUGUCUUUUUCAGUCGAAGUUUCGUUGCCGUUAAACAUUGGUCUCGAUGAUGUUCGUUUGAUAGCCGACCCUAGUGAAUCUGUCACCCUGACCUGUGUGUCUAGUUACAGCCCUCGACAACCCUCUCGGUAUAGUUGGAGCAGAGAUGGAACGAGGCUGUCUGACACAACCCCCUUUCUUACCAUACCAUACAACAGUGCCAGUAAUAUAUACAGUAACUCUUGUGCAAGAAAGCUCCUUUCAGCCAGUGAAGUCCAGUGUAAUUCAACCUAUGAAUGUUCUACGUCACUUUCUGGAAUACAAGGCAGACAUCUGACCACUGCAAAUGUUAUAGUGUUCUUAAGUAAGUAACAAUUUGUGCGUACCUUGAAACUCCUUUUUGCUCGUUAUUGUGUAUGUGAAAAUUAAUUUAAUAUUCGGGAACACGCAGUUUUCAGUAACUAGGAUAAUUUAAUUCCUUUAUAAGGACACGAAAAUAUUGCAUUCCAACAAUACAUGAAAGUAAACGGUUACCUUAUUAGGUGAAAGAAGUACUUUCUAAAAAAAACCCUCAACUUUUAACGUAUUUUUAGUGUGUGACGUAUUUCUCUAAAAAAAAUAUUAUCCCUUUUUUUCAGUGCGCGCGUUUGUUAAUUUGUUGAUUUCGUCACUUUUUUAACGGUUUAAGGGCUGAGUAUUACUUAACCUUAUAAAUUAGGCUCAUUAUGAGGCACAUUUUUGCUGUUUUCAGAGAAACCAGGUCAGCCAGCUGUUCAAGUUAAUCAAAGUGAUGUUAAAGCAAGAUCAACAUUAGUCACAUGGUCGUAUAGUCCUGGUGUGGAUGAAAUGCCUGUUACUGGCUACAAUCUUGAGUAUCGAAAUAGUACCACUAUAGAUGAUAUAUCUUUGGGAGCUGUAUUAAGAAAACAGAUUAUCAACCUCAAGCCAUACACAUCCUACAGUGUAAGGUUGAUAGCCACAAGUGCCUUAGGAAAGGGUCUGUGGAGUAAUUUCCAGAAUUUCACAACAAAAACUGCCCGUAAGUGACGAUGCAAAUUAGAUGCAGUGCUAAUAGAGGAUAUUAUAUGGCCGCGCGGAGAUACGAAAUUUCUCUUCGAGUGUUGAAAAAUUCAGAAAUACAGAUUCUACGGUUAUUAAUCGUUCUUUCUAGGCCAAACCAGUGUAAUAAUCGUAAAAUACUACAUUUUCAGUUUAUUAAACGUAAAAGACGUAAAUUUACGGUUAUUAUAAGUGGAACUGUACGAUUAUUAGUUAGUCCAUCAGCUAGGGGGGUUGUAUGGCUCACUGAAAGGGAACAAACAAAACAUGCAUAAUCUAAAUCUUUGAGUAAGAAACAUCACAAAAAUGCAUGACAGCUAGUAUAAAACGGCAGCUUUCACUUUGUAAAUCGAAUUUUAAAUUUGCCACUUAAACCCUUACUUUGGUCGCCAUCUUGGAUUUAUAAACAAACCUUUGAUUCCAUCUUAAUUUAAACAAUUUUUUUAACGAAGAUUUGAACAACCGCAUUUUCACCAAUUCCUCUUCUUUGGACUGGUUUUCGCCUAAUUAGCAUGGCUAAAAGAAUGGCUAAAAAUGAAUUUUGCAUCAAACAAAGGCAUAUUUUUCCGACUAAUCGCGUAAUUAAACAGCUUUUUUUGUUUUUCACGCAUGUGCACAAUUCAAAAUUUUGACUUUGUUAUUUGCGAAUCUAUUUCGAUCUUUCUCUAUCUCUUUCUUUUUUUUUGCCUUUCUUCUAUAUUAGCAGUUUUUUGCUCUCUUUAUCGUCUUUUUUUUUAUAGAUUCGUGGCUAGCCAACUUUUGAGGAAAGGAAAAUAUUUAAUCUUCAAAGAGUCGCAGAUAAACCGCCACACUGGCAGUGGAUUUUUCCUCAAAAUGUUACCUUUUCUAUAAGUGUAACGUUGUUAGGAUUAGUCAGAAUAUCCAAAACGAGAUAUCGCUGGAAACGUUUUGUGACGUUGUUGCUUACAAAUUUAUUAACUUAUAUAAACUGAAAGCUAAAUUGGUCUAGGAAGGGAAACGUGCUUGAUCAUGCAUCGUUCCAUAUGGAGUGAUAAUGACCAAAGCAGUCGUCGAAAGUUUAAGGCCGUCGGGAUCACAAUGCUAGAAGAACAUGUUUAGAGCUAUUGUAGCUUCGUUUUCUACGGGAAGUACCUCUACCAAGAGGCAAUAAGGCACAAAUAAGAGCAGAUAACAUGCUCCGAGGGGGGGAGGGGGAGGGGGCUGGACUUAAGGGAAGUCUUGAAAGAGCUGUGCCGCCGAGACCUUCAAAACUCGACACUGUUUAAGAUUCUGACAUUCACUUGUUUUGCUUUACAUGAAAAAUCAAAUAGUUUUUCAAACUAACACCACAGAAAUAAAUACUAUGGAAAAAAACCCGAAAAUCGUUCUAAAAUAUGGAGCGACUAGAAAUUUUCUACAAAUUUUUUUCUGCACGCUGUCAUGAUUAUGCUAAUUGAUUAUCAUAAUUAACAUAAUCCUUUGGCUACUUCACUAAGACUCUUUGUUUCCUCGAUUCCCAAAAAAAUAUCAAGUAAGAGACAAGCAGACAUGAAUUUGCUGAUAGAAUUCAUCAAAAUAAGCAAGAAAUUGGCGGCGAAAAGCGAAGCGAAGGCAAAACGGGAAGGAAAUCGUCGCCGUUUCAAGAACAUGAGGCACAGAGUUCGGCGAUCGGCGAUUUGCAUGCACAGAUUCUAAGUGUUUCCUUACCUCAAUUUUCGCGUUUAUUUUGCUUGUUAUCCUCCAAAAUCCUUCAGAAUAGUUUGCUUGACUUGUAUUAGGUUGAGAUUCGUCGAUACAAGGUUCCAUACUUCGGAAAACCGGCUCAAAAAAAUUGGCCCGCGACUCGCCAUAAAAUUCAAAAUUUUCGAAAGCUCGGUGUGUCACGGUCAAAAGUCCACAGGGGACUGGAACUAGGCAGAUGAUUGGCUAAAUCUAUUAACUUCCUUAGUGCCAAAUUUGGGAGCAAUCGGAAGUAACGCAAUUUUUUGCGAAGGUGCUGACCUCAUGGGUCCUCAAGCUCCCAUUUCACCGACCCCUGAAGACAGUGAGUUUUACAGUCAAACCAGGUCAAGCGUUCCCCCCAAGAAUCCAUUAAUGAAUUUGUUAUUCAAAAGUUGAAUCCGUUGCUAGUUGUAGAUUUCAGAUUGAUCUCUGCAUUCUUGUAUGUGUAAUGAGCCGUGAAUUCACACGCGAGGCAGUUAUGAAAUUUCUACCAGCUCCAUUUUCCUGAAAUUGAUGUAAAUGUCUUCUAAGAAGCUUAAUCCAUUCAAAGAUUUCCAAUCUGACCAAAUACAGAGAAGUUCUCGUAAAAUAUUCACUGCUCAUUACGCAUGCAGAAAUGCCGCUUUGAAUUUGACACCAGUUACGGGAACGACUAACGGAUUCAUUUUUCAAAUAAUCAAUUCACUGAUAGAAUCUUGGGGGGUACGCUUGACUUGGGGCGUGUUCCUUUCGGAGAAUCCAAAAACGGAUUUUUACGCGGGAUGACGUAGUCAGCCAGCGUCUAAAAUUCGGUAGCACAUUCCUUUCGUCGUCUUUGGAGUCAAAAAUUGCCUUGUUUUUUUAACUUUCCCGUAUCCCGUGCCCGUCCCGAAAAAUUGUGUGGAUUUUUAUUGGCCGCAACGUCGAAGCACGUGCAAGUCAGGCUGGAUUGCACAAGCCGGAAAAAGAUACUGCGUCAGCAAAGGAGGGAAAAGUAAGGUCACCGUGUAGAGGAGGACGAAGACGCAAGGCCGUGCUCUUAAUACGGCGCAAGACUUGGCCUCGGGCGACUGAAAAUAUUGUCUAGGUGGCCCAGCCGGGCGACUUGCUGGUGUUGGUUUCUUGUCUCUGUUGAGUUACAGUCAAAAAGCUAAGAAUGUCUAGAAUUUAUUGACUUUAGCUCUCUCGGUGGCUUCGCGGCCUUAUAUAAAAAGAACGCUCCGCUCGCUAAGAAACUCUUGAGGUCGACUUGUAAGUAGCAAUAAGAAGCAUGUCUAUCAAAAAACUUUAGGAAAAUGUUGUUAAAUCGGGCAGCGGGCACGCGUUGAUGUUCAAAGGUUGUUUCACGUGAAUUCACAUGUAACAUAAUCCUUGACUAUGAACGUGACAAGCUGCACAGUUUUCGAUAGUAACAGCUUUUCAUAAUAACAUUGAAAUUUUUUCUUCAAAUUACAUUCGUUCAUUAGUUAGUUUUUCAAAACAAAUUGUUACUUUUGCUCUGACAGGCGUGAAGUACGGUCGGCGACGCAAAACAAUAUUUUUGUAUUUUGAAAAAUCGCUGAAUAAACAAGGGGUCGGUCUUUUAUGUUCUUUAAAUAUUUUUACCUUUUUUUACUGCUGUGUCUGCGAGGCUAAAACAUAACUAAGAUUGUUAUUCCAGUAAAAUACGAUGCAUAAAAAAGAAAAGAGACGGCUAUAGUAAUUGUGAUUGUUCUAGAAUGGGGAAUAAAUCCCGCAUUGUCUUUCGUGUCGUGACAAGGCAUUACGUAUCACGUACUAAAAUAAAUACGCAAAAGCUAACCGAAUCUACAUUUGUCCCGAACAUUUCACCGGUAAUAUAGAAAGAAAAUACUUCCGUUUUGCGCUUAAACGACGACUUUACAACAAGAUAAUCUAUUCAAAAGAGAUAAUGGUUUUAGGGCGGGGGGGGGGGGCACUUCCUUAUAAAGAGGCUAAUGGAGAUGUGCCGCUGGAUGAGGUCGCAUUUUCACGACUAGAUUGACUAUUAAUGGGGUUGCAUUUUCAAAAGAGUUACUACUUUUGGGGGUAAGAGAGCUGUGCAUAUUUACGGUUAGCAAACGUAUCAGGAUAUUUGUACUGUAGGUGAAAAGUAAAGUGUUCUUCAUUCAGUUUAUUAAAAAAAUGGGUCAAUUCAUUUUUUGAUGACCUAUUUAAAGGAUUGAUAAGUUAGAUGCGUAAACAGAAAGUGACUAAGUUGGGAUCGCAAAAAUUACAUAUUUGCCCAAGAGUGACUAAUGUGGGGUCUACAAUUGGCCACAGAAAAGACUAUAAUGGGGUAGGGGCUCUGAGAGGCCAGCGGCACACACCCAGCAAAAAUUAACGCAAGUAACCCCCCGGGGGGUGCCGCGGUUUCGUUGAAAUCAUAACAGUUUUCCUGGAAAGCUCCACGGGAUCUCAGUCAAUCUUAAUAAGCGAAUUUUCUUUUCAACCUAAAUCAAAAUGAUUAGUAAAAAGAAUAGUGCCCUUAUUUUUGACCCCAAAUUUACUUUGCAAUUUAAAAAACAUGAAAUGUUCGGCGGCAUUGUCCAUGUUUCUCAUAUGGCGCGAAAACUUACUUUCAUAUGACAACGUGCCGGUUUUUUUUUUUUUUCGCACGCUCAGGAGGUCAAAGGGAUGUGAUUUUUCAUGAAAAAAAUAUUCACAGACUUCUGCUUGACUUGUUAAGAAAAUAAUUUGUUUAAUUUUUAAUAAUUAACUAACAGCUCAUUGAUUUAUUAAUUUGGGCGACAAACUUGGAGGCCCCGGGCACCCCAGCUAAAAAUGCUUCGGGAGCCAAAAGGGCUCCCUGAAGUUUUCCCUAGAGCACUUCCUUGAAGCCCUGUAGUUAUUGGAAGUAUGAUACAUUACAUGCUAUUGUUAAAUGUGGAAGCGCAUUUUUUGAGAACAUUAGUAAAGGAAUGCAAAUUUUAGUGAACUACCCCAUACUACUAAGAUAUAUGGUGGUAAUAUUGAUGUAAGUUUUGUUUUGAGUAGCAAAGGAACCCUUGUGUGUAACUCAUCUUCUAGUGUAUUAGUCCUUAACAGAACAUCUCCGUCUCUCCUGCACACAUUUGUUGCAUACACUGCACAACUUUCCAUUGCCAUCCAACAUACCCGUAAUUCUUUCUUAAACCCACACAUCCCGCGUAAACGCCUUCGGGCGUCUUCUUGUUGAUCAUAGAUUUGCCAGAUUUCGCGGUCGAAAGGAACGUGAAAUCCGAAAUUGGAUUUGUAACCUUGGUAACCUUUCGCCAACGCGUGCAGUAUGCACGACAGCCUCUCAAAAAAUGACGUGUUUUCUACUCUUUGACAAAUUAUGCGAUUAUACCGUGCGAAUUUAGUGGUCGGCAGUUCGAAUAGCGACGAUUAAACAUAUAAGACAGACAAAGAAAGAAGCGCAUUAAAAUUGAAAAUUAUCUAAAGAAUGUCGCCAGUUUGAUCCAGUUCCAUUGCUCGGAUUUUUUUAUGUAACACGAUCGAGUGCCUGUCGCGUCUACAAGCGAAUUUGUAGUUAGAUAGCAGUCCAUUUGUUACUUUUACUUAUUUCUGAUUUCAAGCAAUCCUUAGAGACAAAUGGUUAGUAUAUGGAUUUUUUAAUGUACAAGGAACAAUCUUCCAGUGUUUUCAGAUGUUUUGCGGCAAAUGACAGCAACGAGGAAACUCUACGGCCUCUAUGGGAAUACUUCAACUGGAAAUACCGCUGGAUCAUCUGACUAAUUUCGGAUCCACUGUGAAUGGAACAGCGUAGAUCACUAAUCCGUUAAUCUGGAUUUGGAUUCUUCGGAUUUCAAAUCCAAUGAAUCCUUUUUCAAAAAGGAUUCACCAGAUCAAAAAUUCGGAUUUGGAUUUGCCGAAAGGAACGCGAAAUCCGUUCAUAGAUCUAAAAUCCCUUUUUGGAUUCACCGAAAGGAACACACCCUUGGUUUGACUGUAAUCUUGCCUAAAAUAUUGGGGUGUUAAAAGAUCUCUUAAAAAGGUCAUGAAAUCGGCAGUGAAACACGUGAAUAUUUUUAUCAUACCUAUAUUGGGAAUCGUUCAUGCGCAAAGUGGCCCUGGUUGUUAACUUGGACGAAGGUAUCGCAAAUCGCCUUGUGUCUUUUUAAAAGUGUAGUGUUAAAAUGGUUGCUAUGCCUUUGAAGAUCUGUCAAGUUACAACGAGUGUGCUUCGCUUCGAUUUAAGCAAGAAGUUAAAUAUUCCUAUACAGUGGCCUUCCGGUGUAAUCAGGUCAGUUUCUUUCAUUAAAACACUUACUUGCUUUCAAUGAUGUGAUAAACACGUGUUGAUAUACGUGCACAUUUAAUAUUCUAGGCCGUUGCGCGAAGGGUUUGUCUUGAAAUCACUUGUCAUGAAAUCAUAUUUGGAUAUUUUUGCUGGCCUUGUUGGACUCAAAUGCCGCUUUUUCAAUGUGAUCGCUUCGCUUUUCAUCGCUAGCCGGAUUAAAAAGAGAGAACUUGUCAGCAAUCGAGCGGAGAUCGUAGCGAUUUUGAUGUAACGAUUGAGUUGAGAGGCAUGUAUUGGAUUUGAUCAACACCUUAAUCUCAAUGGAUGACAAUAGUACCCGUUACAUUUUGCUUCCUAAUGACAUAAUUUGUAAACUAGAGGUCUUGCACGAUCCAGUGCCGAGUUUUGUAUCUCGAUCGCUGCCGUAUUGCCAAGUUGUUGGUUUAUAAUUGUAGUGUGUACUUUUUUCAAGCUGUAAUACUUACCUUAUUAUAGGAAAUUAACGCUCCAUGAAAUUAAGGUAUUGGAAAUUAACGCGACUUAAAUUAACGCGAAUUUAAUGGGAAACGACUUUCGAAUAAAGAAAAUUAACGCGAAGGAGGAGGUAGAAUUUCAUAAUAAAGGAAAUUAACGCGAUUAAUUACGCGAAAUCAAAGGAGAAGAUAUUGACAUCACUUCUGACAGCGACAACGAUGGAGAUGAACACUUUCGCCUUAGCUUUUGUGAAAGAUGAAAAAUAACGGGUAAAUGGAAAGAAAGAAAGCUUGUAGUUAAUGUUUUUUAAGUGUCAAGAAUGUCUGGACAGGUUCCAAAAUUGGGGUUAAAAUACUGGAAAUUAAGAGCGCGGAAAUUAACGCUGCACUUAAUUAACGUCGCGGAAGUUAACGCUCAACAAAAUUAACGCGACUUUAUAAAUUAACGCGAAUUUUAACGAUUCGCGUUAAUUUCCUAUAAUAAGAAAGUUAUUAACUUAUAAUUUCAAUCGAGUUCACCUAGAAAUAGAUUUACAAAAUCGUUUUCAUGAUUAAAUAGGUUUAGAUGAACAUCUUAUAUGUCUAUCAGUAAAGAAAAUAAAUUGAGACCGAUGUUUGAAUGCUGAACGGCCGAUCGCGUUUGAAUAUCAUUUUUCGUUUUUAACAACUUGAAAAUUAAGUCAUCUAAUUAAAACAAAAUUUAUUGAAAAUGAAAAAAGGGUUUUAAAAAAGAAAACCAGCAAAAAAAAGAAAAGAAAAGAAGAAGAAAAAAAGAGAAACUUGUCCCCUACGAGAUUUGAACUUGCGCCUUUGCACACGAAAAACAGAAAAGAAUACUGAAUAAAUCCACUCGACCACGCCAGCAAGCGCUGAAAGUUAGGCUUAAAAAAGGUUAAUAUUCCAUCUUUACAAUGAUUGACAGUUUUCAGGAAUAAGUUUUUAGGUUUUUUAUACAACUAUGGAAUAUAUUUAACUGAACUUAACUAGACAAAAAGUUAAAAAAUAAAAUUACCUUCAUUUGAAAGAGUCGACUGAACUUGAUAAAAAGGUCUUUCACGACAUUUCUCCGUACGUAUCUUGAUGUACUGCUGAGUUGAGAAUAUCGAGCAGUGUAAAACCAAAAAACUUAAUAUUUUGAUAUGACUACAUCAUUUUAAACCCUAAUAAUUUAAUAACCACAAAACUGGCUUUUUUUCUGUGGCCCACGUCUGCUAAACUAAGAGCGAUGACGAGCGAGAACAAUCCCAUCCCAUUUUGAAGCCUCGCAUCGAUCACAGUAGACUUGGAAAAUUGUUCAGAAUGCUGGUUUUUCAUAAGCAAUUUUGGUUAUUACUUUUGGCGAAAGGAAAGCUUGACCACUAAAGACUUUAGGUAAAUAAACCUUGGAAAGAAAUGAGAGAGUGAUUAGAAGACUCUGCUCUGGAUAUUUUCGACCGUAAGGGCGGACGGAGCAAGAAUGAUCCGGCUUAAUUUAACUUUUAAUCUAAAAUUUAAUAGUCUAGAAAUACGCAUACGACUAAUAAUCGUACAAUUCCACGUAUAAUAACCGUAAAGUUUCGUCACAGGACGAAAUAACGUGUUUCCGUAUUUUGUAAACUCGACUGAAACGUGAAGUUGCUUAAAUCCGUCUCGUUUCCGCCCCGGCGGAAAAAUGGUGAUCUAGUUUUCCAUGGACGAGACGCGUUUCCGUUAUGUUUCCGAGUCGGAAACGAACGAUCAUGUUUCCGCCACAUUUCUGUUAUCACAUUUCCGUUCUUUCUUGUUUCCAUUACGUUUCAGAUGACGUUUUUAUUAAACCCAUGUCCAAGAUCGCAUGAUAAAUGUUUCAGAAAUUUUGCCUUUGCGUACAAUGAAGGUGAAUAAAGGUAAAUUUACUCUUGAGAUCGGGCCAUUAAACGGUCAGGCUCUUGCAUCAAAUGCUCGCGCGCGUUGCAUUGAUGCAACGACUGUGAAGUGCGCGAGGUUGCCACUGUUUUCGAUUCUAAGUGAUUAAAAUGACAGAGAAUACCAACAGCUGUCGAUAGUUGCCAGAUUGAUCUCAAUCAGUACUGGCAUAAAAAUAAAAUGAUCUUAGACAUCUUAGGCUGAGAAAACAAGACAGAAUAGGGAAAAUGGGUCCUAGAACAGAGCGGAGUGCUGGUCAGUGGACGCGUCUUUUGCUCAUGCUCAUUGCGGUCGUUCUUUUUGGCGUCCAUUUUGAAAGUGAUUGCAACGGCUUCAAAGUUGCCAGCUUCUGUAGGUUCUAGGAACGUGGAGUCUGUAUAUUUUUGCUUUCCUAUUGCACCACAAGACAUCUAAGGGUUGUUAUGUAUAUUUGACGACCCAACGGCCUUCAGUAAUCGAUCGCUUCCCUCGUAAAGCGACCCUUUUCUGACACAGUUGAGUAGGAUAUGAGACAAAAACCUCGUGAUGGCCAAGAAUAAUUUGAAAGCUGGAGUGUUUGAUUGCGCUAAGGAUAUCCAAGACUGAAUAUUGUGAUGGAGAAUACUGAUAGCACGACGAGGUAAGCUACCCUGAUACCAAAUCUAAGCUUCUUUAACCACUGAUCAAUAACUACUAGUACUUAGCAACUUAAAGAAGCAGUGUCACGAAAUUUGUUAAAACUACAGCAGUGGAAACCACCACCAAUCUCAGUGGAACAUAAAAAUACUGCUCAAAACAUGAAAAGAAGUUUUAAGUAACAAAGCAAAGAGCAAGAGUGAGUACAAAUAAAGAUUUUUGUUAGUGUAAAAAUGAGGAACAGAUGGACAGACUUAAAGAAAAUUGAAAAGGAUGGCAAUUUGUCCUUUUGAAACUUGUUAGCCUGACAGUUUUCCAGAUUUCAUUUUUGUGGUCUUCAAUGUUUGAUAUAAUGCUUGGGAGUCAUGUUUGUUGACACAAGUAAGUAAUUUCUCAAGUUUCAUUUCCAAUGCGGUAUGGACAUGUGUAAGUGUAAUUACAGUUGAUUUCACAUGACAUUACUGCACCACGUUGCAAAGUUCGUUGGCAAAUUGGAUACUACGUUGCAGAGUAGCCAAUACCAUGGCGAGUUAGGGAAUCAAAUUGCGAACUUUGAGACGUAGUUGUCAACUUUGGUGCUACUGAACUUCAUAACUUCAUAUCUUUUUUUAAAAACAGGAAACUACAACAUAAUGAACCCGAAUCCUUUUCCUAAACAGGGCAAGGGUUACCGUGUGAGGCCUGUGAAAUGAUUGAUUGUAGACAAAUGGUUAGAGGGUUCGAAACCAUUCCAAAUAGUGCACCAGUUUAAUUUACCGAGUAAGACAGAAACAAAUAUCGUCGAUCAAUUUGUGCAUACAGGAAGGCCCUACACAGAGUUUUGUGAUCGGCAAAGAUCAAGUACAGUAUGUAUACUACGGAAAUACAAAAACAGUUCAUCAAAAAUUAGGUUAUUGACCCGCAAAGGUUCAAUUAGUCGAGUAUUGACACUCGAUUUGGUUUACUCAUACAAAAAGUUGACAAUAUUUCCAAAGGAGUGCUUAUAAUAUAAUAAUGCUUUACUGAGAAUGCUCAAGAAAAGGUUGAAGAAUAUUUAGAUGUUUGCAGUAACUGUGAUCCCAGGAAUAGGGACUGUUUUGACAAGAACUCAGUGAUUAACGCAACUGGGAAAAGAAGUUACGGUUAAUAAACUGAAAAUGUAGUAUCUGUACUCCAAAAGUAUUUUGACACUCCAGAAAUAAAUUGACAUCUGUUUCUUAUAAUAUCAUGGGUGACAAAUUACUUCUUAAUUUUUGCGCGAAAUUUGAGCUUUAAUUUAUAAUUUUACGUGUGAAAUUGCAAAAUACCAACGUUUCGUGCAUCUCAGUGCCAAGAUGGCGUCCAAGUUUAAAACUGUUAGUGAGUGAAGAUGUCAAACAUUAAAGACACUUUAGAAUAAACGCACAAAAGAGCACACCAAAAAGGAACCUGUCAGGUAUUUUGUCGAAAAAUUCUAAAAAUUAUGAACAUAAGUCACAAUUUAAGGUCUAAAAGUUUCAGCGCAUGGAGUUCUCGAUCGAUACGAUUAAACAGAAUGUCAUGUCAAAAACCCACGAUUGUGAGCAUAAUUUGUCACCUGUGAUAUUUAUAGGUAAUCAGAUAAUUACGGGAUAAUUUCACUUGCGUUUUGUUCAAAUCCUAAUAAUUUUGGCUCGGGAAAUUUGUAGAAUUUUGGAUAAAACGCGCGUGAAAUUAUCCCCAUAUAAAGAAUAAAGAAAAAAAUAACUUCUUAGGGGACCUGUGUUAGAGACGAUAUUUUGAUUGUUAGUGAAAUCUAGCUUUUCAGACUUUUAACUCGAGUGUUUGUUUGUUUGCCGCAGCUCCUCCUCCUCUGGUGCCGAUAUCCCCUCCUGACAAAGAGGCAAUCCAUAGCAACUCAUUUAGAGUUAAGUUGGCAAAAGCUUCUGAUGAGAAUGGAAAAGUCAGGUAUGAAAGUCAUCGCACUUUCCAAGGUGUAAAAUUUCAACACUAUAAACUCUUCAAAAUGCGCAUAAAUAGAAUUGUAAAACAAAAUUGAGCACAAGUGAAUUCAACACUUAUUUGAAACGUUACUCUGACUCGCUACUUUUGACUGACGCAAAAUAACCUGUCAACUUGCCAGACUUCCGGUUAGAUUAGACGAGCGCAAAAAUAGAAGCGGGCGAACACGAUAAGGCAAGCGAGUGAAAAACGGUGGGAAGACAGAAUGGGGAGAGCCUCUACUCUGCCCACUUCCAGGAAUCAAAAUGUCAAAUGCCAAAAUGUGCGGUGUAGGAGGUUUCUACACGCCAUGUUCGUUUGACUCUGCGCGCGCAUGGGGCAUCUCCUGUCCGUCAAUUCUGUUUUUUAUACUGUUGGUUCUUAAUGCCUACACUGUAGUUCUUAGCAGCUGUUAAUCGUCCCCUGUUUUUUCUAUUUCUUUAAAUCUUUUCCUUCAGUCAAACUACUAACUAGAGCUGUACUACUACAGUGUAAAUGUUAAACUAAGAUUUGCGCCUGUAAUCAAAAAGAAAAUUAUAUUAAGGGGCAGACAACUUCAUUAAACUCGUGAUGAAUUGGAUACUUGAACCAUUGAAAUGAUCAUGUCAUACUGCUCAGCGAAUAACCUGUUUUUUAACAGGUACUAAUGUUAAAUUAGUACCAUAGAUGUAGGUUGACUUUGGCCAAAGCUAUUUCCCCGAGAUAAAUGCAAAGGCUCUGUGCCUGAUACUCCCCUCCCCUCCUUUCCAGAGUCUCCACCAUCCUCCUGCCCCUUCCUCCAGAGUCUGUACGGACUUUUUCAUGGGUACAAAGCGAAAAAAGUUGCUAUGUCCCAUAACAAGUGGAGCUCUGUAAAAUCUUAAGAAGCUCCGCAGCCAAGCCGGUCAUAUAAACGAGUUUAUAAGGAGCCCACCAUUAGUCAGCAUGUACUACUUCUCUAACUUCUUAUCCCAUAGGACGUUACAUCUUUGACCGCACAGCGGAAACAGUUUCUGUCAGUUGCUAAUCUACCAGCUUCUGUUAAGGACAUGUCGAAAACAUCCUAUAUGUCCUUUUCCCACCGCCUUCUCGGUCUUCCUCUUUCUCUUUUCCCAUCUAUCUUUCCCUCCAAGAUGAUUUUUCCCAAGGCCUCGCUUCUUUUCAAAUGACCAAGAUACUCCAGCUUUUGUUUCUUUAUAAAGAUUUCUAAUCAUUGCUCUUCCACUUUCAGUUCCUCCCCAGUUGACUUAUUUGUUCUGUGCUGCGUCCAUGAUUUCCUUAAAAUUUUCAAAAUCGUUUAAAAUUUUUUUAUGUACCUAUAAAAUAAGGAAAGCCUCUUAUUUUUUAUUCUUUGUUUAUUCUUAGUUAUUACCAAGUGAUAGUGAUUGAAUUGGCCACAAACAAUAAAGGCAAGGCAGUACCAGCUCAACCGCCAGAUUAUUACAAAGGAGGAGAUCUCUACACUUACGAUGAAGCACGAAGGAAAAAGCCCACUUUAGUCCCGUACAUAGCAGCUGAAUUCAUUGCCAUGGAUUUUGAUGAUUACGAGAAUUUCACCGUGGGAGAUAACAAGCGAUCCAGUCGAGCAAAAAACAAAACUAGCAGAACAUGCAGAAAAGAGGUCAAUAGACCUUCUGAAUUUUUCAACGGUCCUCUUGAAGGAGGAGCAUUAUACGCGGUGUGUCUGCGAGCCUAUGUUAAAGAGGUUAGAUUUCAUCAACAGUUAUCUUCUUUGUUUAUAAUUUAAUUUAACUUUUUCAAUGUUUCGAGGUUUGUCCCUCUUUAUCAGUGAACCUUUGGUUACGUACCCCUUUGGGCGAGUGUUACUGAUAUAAGUAUAAAUGUUAAACGGCAGACUUGUAUUUUCCAGGUCACUGAAUGACUCUAAAGUUUUUGUGGUUAGGGUUAUGAAACAGUAAAUAGAGUUUCAGGUCAGUUUACCUUGGAUAAUGACCCUGAAUGGAACCUGACUCACUCAGUUACCUAACCCAAAUCAUUAAACUUCAGAGUCAUUCGGCGGUCAGUGGCCUUUUGGCGUUCUGCAAAAUACCCCGGCCGAAUUUCAACAGUGGCAGACGGUUUUGUGCGAGCGGGAAAAAGCGUAAGAGAAACCAUAGAGAAACAUUACCUAGAGUUCAAAUCUCUGUUCUUUCCCUACGGAUGGGGCGUUCUAGUGUAUUUUACUGCUUUAUACUCCUUCUACAUUUACAUGUAAUCCAUUGCAAAAGCCUGAAAACUGUGACCAACCGUGGGAACUACGACAAACGGAGUGCUGAAAAGCAGGAAUAUUUUUAAGACUGCAUAUUGGGUCACUCCUUACCAUUUCCGCCUAAACUUCCCUGUUGUUAAGAAGGUCGUUUAGCAUUAAACAUAAUGAUCGCUAAGCUUGUUUAGCAGACGCCCUGUAAUACCCGGACAUGAUCCUCAGUUAGUAUCUGUCCUUUCUUUCCUUAUUUAACAGAUCUAGCGAAGACAACACAAUAAUAGUGGCAACGGCAUGCGCAAAUCUUAAACAAACUUGACCGAUGAUAGAACGGUUAAGUUUAGUCCUUUUUGUGCUCAUUCGCCUUCUUAUUUGACGUCGCGUUCUCAUUGCUAAAAUAAUCUGCCUGUUUUCUGCCUGAAUGAAGCGAACUCCUCUAGGGAACACUGGUGAGAAUUCAGCGGUUUUCAGGUUAGUAGUAUACUAUGCUGGGAGAUAAGUCUCGUUGGUGUCUAGCAAGGUCUAGCUAGGUCUAGUCGAUGACGUUACCCAUUGUUAUAACCUAGGGGGAAAAAGUGCCUUCCUCCAUACUAAUUAAGUGUCUUCCUGCAUACUAAUUCGGUAUAGGUUUACUAAUGAGCGUCUCUCUACUUCAAUAGAAACAAUAGACUUGCCUAGACUUGCCCGUGAAGUAACUUGAGCUCGGUUUUUGGACCGUCUAUUAAAGGGAACCUCCACUCUUACUACAGAAUAAGUUUAAAUCGAAUAAAAUUAUGUUAAUAAACAAAUUUGUUCGAAAUUUGUCUUAAAAAAAGUGUUUAUAUCAGGAAAAGUGAAUUUUAAAAUCGCUUAUUUUCACUUUCAAAUUUCGCGGGCGCCGCCAUCUUGAAUAAUUGUGACGUGUUACGGUUGCUCUAUUGUUCUGACACAAAGAGCUUUUGUUUAAUAACAAUAGGGCAACCAUUACACGUCACAAUUAUUCAAGAUGGCGACGCCCGAAAAAUUUGAAAACAAAAAUAGGCGAAUCUAAAAGUUAUUUCUUUCGGAUACAAACGCUUUCUUUAAAAAUAUUUUAGAUUGACUUGACUGUAACAGUUAUUUCCUGUGAUUUAAAGUUAUCUUUUUGUUGAAGUGGAGGUUCCCUUUAAAAGGAAAAUAGGAGCGAUCACCAAGCAAAGCGAGAAACGGCUUCCUAUAUCUUAUUUAGCACUAAAACUCAGAUAUAUAUAAACACAAAGUGGAGUUGAAAAGUCUUUAUUUCAGUUUAGUUUAUAUCUUCUUAUUUAGCUCUAAAACUCGGAUAUAUCAACAAAACAUACACAAAGGGGAGCCCAAAACGCUUCAUUUCAAGUUUGUCUGACUAUUACAGAACCGUUUUCUCCUAUCUAUCGCGAGGGAAUGAAAUUCUUGUCAUUUUCAAGCACGGUUAAUUAGUUAAUUAUGCGAGUUCACAAGCCCAAAGUUGAAUACAAAUUAGCUCUACAGGAAAAACCUCAAGGGAGCAACCUUAACGUAUUAUUAUAAAACAAAUAACUUAACAAGGAUCAAUUAAAACACGCGACUCAUACUUGCUAGCAAUAAAAUCAGACACAAGAUACCGUUUAAAACAGAAAGAGUCAAAUACACAGUGAUUUGAAAGAAAUCUAUUAAAAUAGUCAAAGAAAGCAAGCCAUCUUUUUUUUUACAUUGCGCACAAUGUUUUACUUACCCCUCUCCCUUUUCAAUUUUAUUUCUCUCCUCAAUUUCUUUUAAUCCCUUCUCCACAAUUUUAUCAUUUUCCCUCCUCAAUGUUUUUAUUUCCUCCUCCACAAUUUUUAUUAUUUUCCCUCCUCAAUGUUUUUUAUUCCCCUCCUCCACCUCCUCAUUUCUAUUGUUUUCUCUCCACCACCACCGCCACAUUUCUAUUGUUUUCCCUCCAAGUUUGGUCUUUUGGGCCUUUUAGGCCUGAUUUUGGCCUCCUCCUUCUCCUCCACCACCACCACCACCACCACCUCCUCCUCAAGGCCAAAAUCAAACCAUCACAUUUGAGUUUGGCUUUAUAGGCCUGAUUUUGGCCUUUUGGUCUUUUCGAGGGAAAAUAGAAAUGAGGAGGAGGAGAGGGAGGUGGUGGUGGAGGAGGAGGAGGAGUAGAAGGAGGAGGAGAAACAAUAAAAAUGAGGAGGAGGAGAAGGAGGAGGCCAAAAUCAGGCCUAAAAGGCCCAAAAGACCAAACUUGGAGGGAAAUCAAUAGAAAUGUGGCGGUGGUGGUGGUGGUGGUGGAGGUGGAGGGAAAACAAUACAAAUGUGGCGGUGGUGGUGGGGGAGAGAAAAUAAUAAAAAUUGUGGAGGAGGGAAUAAAAACAUUGAGGAGGGAAAAUAUUAAAAUUGGGGAGAAGGGAUUAAAAAAAAUUUGAGGAGAGAAAUAAAAUUGAAAAGGGAGAGGGGUAAGUAAAACAUUGUGCGCAAUGUAAAAAAAAAGGGAUGGCUUGCUUUCUUUGACUAUUUUAAUAUUUUUUUGUUUUAAACGGUAUCUUGUGUCUGAUUUUAUUGCUAGCAAUUAUGAGUCGCGUGUUUUAAUUGAUCCUUGUUAAGUUACUUGUUUUAUAAUGGGGACUUUACGAACCAGAACGCGACGCAGCCUGAAACGUCACCGGAAGUAAAGUGCUUCACUGCGCAUGCUUGGCGCUAAACUGCAACGCGUCAGAACACGAGGUUGGCACUUACAGCGUUUCCAGAAAACGUGAGUAGUUUCUACUGAAUUUGACCUAGAAUCAAAUUUUCUUUUGCUACCUUAUAGGCAAAUCUGUUUUCUAAGUCCAUGAAAAUGUUAUUUAUUGUAAAAAAAAAUACCAAACAAACAUUUUAAUUUGCCUUUUACUGUAGGUCCGAGAUUGGUUACCGCUAUGAUGAAUGGACAACACGCACGCCGAGCUCGAUACCAAAGUGGAAAACGGGCAAGUAAGUCCAGUUUAGUUUAUUAGAGGAUUCAAUUUCCUGUCCUGCUUAAAUAUAAGAUUAAAGUGAGUUUGAACUUUAUAUUUAUGUUCUUCAUUGAAAACAAACUAAAACAGACUGUUCUUUUUUUCACGCAGUAAUGUGAUGUACUGGACAAGCGAGCACGAUGUCCUGUUAAGCAGAGAGGUUGUUUCCGAGAAUCCGUUCAAAACAAGAAAGGGUUCGUCGCAAAGAAGCGAAAUUUGGGAUAGAAUAGCCGACACUUUGAAUACCUGUCCCUAGCCUGUCUUUGCUGUGGAUAAAAGGUCCGAAUCAAAGUGAAAUGAUGCGGCUAAUGCAAGAACAACAACAGCAGCAACAGCAACUCUUGGCGUCACAACAACUGAUUAUGAGACAGCAACAAGACCAAACUAAAGCACUGAUGAGUUUGUUGGACAAACUUGUGAACAAAUAGCUACCUAAUUCACUUAAAAUUUACCAGUAUUGCUGGUACAGCUGUCGCUUGAUUUUGAAAACCAGUUUGUAUAUUGUAUAAACUAUUGUCUUUGUUUUGACAAGAGUCACGACCAACGUUUUCUGUCAGCGAUCAAUGUUUGUAUUUCAACAGUGGCACCGCAUUUUUGUUGUGCCGAGGAGCCCGCCCUUUGUUAUGUUCUAUUAUUGCAGUUAUCUCAUUGGAUGGUGGCUUAUUAGAAAAUAUUUUUUGCCUAGAAUAGUUGAAAAAUGUUUUUGAAAAUUUGCAUUCUGUUUCGUAAACUACAAUAAAAUUCUGUAUUUACGGUCUGCUAUGAAAGAAACUAGUGAUACUCUAUGUGUUCGAAAACAGGUCUUAAAAAAACUCCCUAGGAUAAAAAGGGCUGGGGAAUCUGGGGGAGGUAUUAUGUUGAGGCAAAAUAUUAAGCUCACAUGUCUAAUUUUACAAUCUGUCUUGUGGGGUUAACAGUACUCUUCACUAAAAUCAGUUUAAUGAUUAAGACACAAUCAAGUUGUAUUGAAAAAAUUGUGAGUUGUAUUUCAGUCCCAAGGCUGUGGUCAUUAAUAACUAAAAAGCAGGAUAAGGGUUAGGGGCCAGUGGUCAGUAGGUUGCAGGCAUUACAGUUUUUAUGUUAUAUAUUGCAUUAGACUCGAUAUAUUUUUCUAUGACUUUUCCUGCUUCCCCGUUGUGUUAUAAUGACCACAGUGCAAAUCUAUGGCUGUAUAACCUUUUGAAAAUGAGUAAUAAGAACACCAUUGGGGCAUUUCAUUAUGUCUGGAAUAUCAAGAACUUCCCGGAGCAAAUAAAUAUCGUUCUUGAAAAACCGAAACUCAGCCUUACACUCAUCAUCUGUCAUAGAAUCAAGAUCGAAGCGACCAUACUUCCACUAAGGAAAUUCGAGAUUUUCAGAAGAAUUUAAAUCGUACAACAGGGCAAACUCUGUAUCAUCAAUGCUUUCAUCUCGAUAGGCAAACAAUAAAGCUUCCCUUGCCUCUCUGAAUGUUGCCAUUUAUGAUGUAUAAUACCAGCUAUAAAACGAAAAUGUGUUUAGCGGAGUUUAGCUCUGCCUCUGUCGUCGCGUUCGCAUCCGUAACUUUGUUUUUCCCGCGGCUCGUGACGGCGUUCUUGCCCCGGGCCGUUCUCGGUUUCGGUGUUUUCAAACUGCGUCGCGUUCUGGUUCGUAAAGUCCCUAAUAAUGCGUCAAGGUUGCUCCCUUGAGGUUUUUCCUGUAGAGCUAAUUUGUAUUCAACUCUGGGCUUGUGAAAUCGCAUAAUUAACUGAUUAACCGUGCGUGAAAAUGACAAGAAUUUCGUUUCCUCGAGAUAGAUGGGAGAAACGGUUCUGUAAUAGUCAGACAAACUUGAAAUAAAGCGUUUUGGGCUCCCCUUUGUGUAUGUUUUAUUGAUAUAUCCGAGUUUUAGAGCUAAAUAAGAAGACAUAAACUAAACUGAAAUAAAGACUUUUCAACUCCACUUUGUGUUUAUAUGUAUCUGAGUUUUAGCGCUAAAUAAGAUGUAGGAAGCCGUUUCUCGCCUUGCUAGGUGAUCGCUCCUAUUUUCCUUUUAAUAGACGGUCCGAAAACCGAGCUCAAGUUACUUCACGGGCAAGUCUAGGCAAGCCUAUUGUUUCUAUUGAAGUAGAGAGACGCUCAUUAGUAAACCUAUACCGAAUUAGUAUGCAGGAAGACACUUAAUUAGUAUGGAGGAAGGCAGUGACUAGGCACUUAAUCGGUAUGGAGGAAGGCACUUUUUUCCCCCUAGGUCAUAACAAUGGGUAACGUCAUUGACUAGACCUACCAAGACCUUGCUAGACACCAACGAGGCUUAUCUCGCAACAUAGUAUACUACUCAGGUUAAUACACGUUCAUUGUAAACAAUUUCGUUUGCAGGAUAUCUACAGUUCAAGUCCUUGGAUUGAUCCGGUUAAAACAGGUAUAAGUUCUUGUUUUGUACUUGCUCGUUUAUUGAUAAGCCAAAAUUGAGGCAAAAAUGUCUUGGUUAAGGUAUUAUAAAUUGGAGAGUAUUGUUAACAGUUUCAUCAUAGAGAAAGCAAUAAUGAAAACCGUUUAAUUCAAGAAUUUCUAGUUACAAAUUUUGUUUUAUAUAACUCUGAAGUACCAACGUUGGUAAUUGAAAACACUCCCGUAGAGAAUUUUUGUCGGACCACAGAAUUUCAUACGCAGACAUAAAAGGUGGAAUAACGUCUCUGUUGUUAUUUUAUUAUUGGCCCAUUUAUUGUUUUUCUUUGUUUUGUAAAUAAUAUUUAUAUAAUGAAGAGUGGUGAACGUAGGUACUCAGAAGUCAAUAGAGAACUUUAGAUUCAAGAACGAGAACUACUACGAGUACGAGAUUUGAUUUAAAGUUUUUUCGCGUAUUGUCAAAAAAUAGACACCCCUAAGUUCUUUUUUUUCACCAGAAAAGUUAGCACUGUUAUCGUUAUUGAAGGAGGUUGAGCCCUCUCCCAAUUGCAAAAUGCUAAAACUUCUAACUUUUCAUAACUUGUUCCCGCCACUACGACAUUGUCGCUAAAACUCGUAGUAGAGUGACGACGGCUACCACGUUUUCCCUCUAAAAUAACGCUAGUUCACACACGAGCACUACUUACUAUUGAGAAAAUCUCGUACUCGUAGUCACUCUUGUCUUAGAAUCUAAAGGUUUCUAUUUUAUAUGUAGGUGGAAUAUGAUCGUUCGGGUGAGUGUGGUCCUAAAUAGAACUGUUGUGUAUGUUGACAGUCAAUCACAAGAUCUCUAUAGUGGAGUGCUAUUUAGCACUAUACUCAGCCGGACCGUUAUAUUCCAUCUACGUAAGUAAAUGGGUCACCCGCCUAUCCCAGCUACCCUCGUCCAGCCAACUUUUCGUACAUUUUCUAGCAAAACUUGGCGAACUGUUUACAUGAGAAACAAAAACGUUGGCUUGUCGAGAAGGGUGACUCUCCUAACCUGGUCAUCCUUUUGUGAUGGUUGGGUCACCCUACUUGGCGGGCCAACUUUUCUUCUUAUAAACACUUUUGGCUUGGCCAGCAGGGUCAACUCGGUGAAGGUGAGAUGAUCAGAGCAUGCGCGAGUGCUGUUGGCGCAGGGAAAGGGUGUACCGUACUUUGGUAUAAGUGGCCUGUCCAUGAUCUUGUGCUUGUUAUCCCCCCUCCACCGCUUGGCAAAGUUGCUAACAAUAUAAGAUCAUGCUCAAAACUUGGAGGAACAACUUUGAGUGGGAGGCAGGAGGAAGGUCAGCGUUAUAUCUCACAGACCUGUGACUAGCAGCGAUUUAAAGCGUGAAAGAUUGUUUUUUUCGUGGGAGUGUCUCGACAUUUUUGCAACUGGUUGUACCAACAUUUCUUGAAUGGGUAGAACCAAAUUUUCUUAGCCAUGGGGCUACGCUACAACAUGCUCGUCCCACCGACGGGCUGACUCCUGACUCCGUUUCCCCUCCCCAGAGUCUGUACGGUCGCCGUUCGGUCGUACGCUUACGUCAUAACCUAAUUUUUCUCGGAUGGAUAGAUUGCCAAAUUUUCUCAGAGAUGUGUGAGCUCCUUGUUUGUAUUGUCCCAGUGCGCCCCUUGCUCUCCGGCAUGGCGGACGUGUACCACGUGAACGGCUAGCUGCAAAGGGCCUCUUCAUAUCCUACGAAAGCCGAAUUCAUUAAUUGCUUUAUUAUUCAUUCAAAAUAAUUCCUAGUUUAAAAACAUAGCUACAACAUGCCUACCUGCAUCGAUGUCUAAGUUCAUCUUCGAUAGUGUACGUUUAGGUUUGUCCAGUUCCGCAAUUAUUCUCCAAAUAGCAGAUGUCGUCCUCCGAGUUGUCUUCUUGCUGUUUUUGCCGUGUUUUUUGUUAUUAUUUCGCCUAGUUCCAGCUGCAGUUCUUGCUCUUGAAACGAGUGAAAUGUCCGCCAUUUUUUUUUCACAACCAUAACAAUUCAACCUCGUCUCCAGGUCUUCUCGGUAACAGUCGCCUUAACUUGUAGCGGGCUGCAUUUUUGACGUCGUUUCCUCGUUAAACACAAAAUUCUUCCAAAUUUGGUCAUCACUAGACUACGAGUAGUCCCCCAUUUUUCCUCAGGGAUAGUAGAGCGAGCGAAACGCGAGCGCGCGUGAAAAUCACGGCCCUUUCUCGCGUGGGGUGAUUUUCACGCGGGCGCUCGCGUUUCGCACGGUCUACUAUCCCUGAGGAAAAAUGGGGGACUACUCGUAGUCUAGGUCAUCACUAACUGGUUAUGGUGAAUUAUGCGUGUGCUUUUAGCCAAUCAGGAUUGGGGAAAUAUUUUGAAUGCACAAUAAUGUAAUUUAACUGAAGCAAUAAGCGAUAUUGUCUUUGAAUAUUUUCUAGUGUCAACCAGCUCCAACCCAAAUCUAUCUCCAAUAGAAGUUCUUAGUAAGGAAGCCACUGUUGCCCUUUCUGUUGUCGGAGCAAUCCUGUUCCUCUGUAUCGUCCUUGGGUUCGCCUUCUUUUGCUUUAUACGCCAUCAGCGGAAGCAGAUUCUGGAGUAUCGUAAUCAGCUUUUUCCACUAUACACUGGAAAACACCAGGUAAAAUACCAUGUAAAACGAGCUUAAAAUGAAGCCACUACAUAAUAACCAGUGCCUGCUUGGAUUCUGCAACUUAUUUUGUCUGAAAAUGAUGUUUGUUGGACUGCGUAAAUUUCACACCCCUCCCAUUCCAAGAUCAUACUCAACACCUAGAAUGACAACUUUAAACGCGGAAAAACGGAGGAGGGGGAUUUCUUUUACUUGUGAAAAUUUUGUCUCAGCGAAGCAAUCAAAUUAGAAAAGGGGUUUUAUAAGCAAACGUCUCUCAACCUUUGUUCAAACAUGACGGCGAAAAUAAAAUGAAUUUGCGAUCUUUCAAACUUCAUCUCGAUUAACGUCAUCUCCUUUGAUAUGUGAAACGUAGGUGACUUUAGGUGGAGUAGUUGAAUUUCUAUGCACAUGUUAGCCAAGUUAAAAAAGGGAAUAAAAAAUUUAUCGUCAGUGCCGGUUAACGUCCUUCGCAAAAUGUGCAUUAGGACUAAUUCUUCACGUCGUAGUCGUGCAAUUAAGUUUGAUGGUCCGUGCAAAGUUGUCGUUUUUGGUUGUUAUAAUCCGACCCGCUACUGUUUUACCAUCUCGUUACCGUCGUCGACUCUCUAUUGCUUAAAAUCUUUAGUAACCUUUCGAAAGUGCAGGGUUGCUUUACUUAUGGCCACUUUACAUUCGUGUAAACUCUCGUGGUGUUGGACACUUUUGAGAAUGAUUCUAUAUUUAUCAGCAUCUGAGUUGCUUGUUCGAGGCCAGUCGACAGACAUAAUUUGCAAAAUUGCAACCAUAGAUUGCUCCUCGUUUUAAAAUAGAUAUAUACUCAGGGGCACCCAACGAGAAUAUAGUUCAAAACCACUUAAACAUAGCAUUGUUAAACGUAUUUUAGUAUUUAAACGGUCGAUAUGGGCAUAUUUUUAUCCCCUAUAAAUUUUUCAUCUGUUCGGAUUUCCUAGCUGAAAGUCUAGUGAUCCGAAAAUUAUAGGGAUCAAAACUUACCUGUUCGAAAAUUUCAGCCAGAAAAAAGGCUCCCGAAAAUUCUCGGUGACCUUUUUACGGUAAAAAUCCGUUGAAAAUGGGCAAUUUUACCAUUUCUUAGAUGUUCGAAAAUCCUAGGAGAGGCAGGCAAGCAAGAAAUUUUACAACAAAUGUUCCGAAAAUUCUAGAUCUCAAAUCGUCUUCCGAAGAGAUAUUUUUCCGAAAAUUGUCGUUGGGUGCCCCUGUAUACUCACGGAUAGUAAAGAUGGCUGACAUUUUGUUCAUUUCAUUGCAGGCUACGAACCAGUCUGUUCCGCAAAAAUAGUCACGACUUUUUUUGUCGACCUAACGUGAACGAGGUGCCGAGUUUCUUUGCGGAGUGGCCAUAAAUUUAAGUCUGCUUUUCAAACCUAACCUGGCUUUUGUUUAUUCUUUGACUCGAUUCAAAAAGUGAUCCAUUGCCCUGAAAUGGCCUUCUAAAUUCAGGUAAUAUUCAUGAACCAAACAGUUUCCAGUUGGAGGGAAUGAACUUACCAUUGCUUAGACUAAAUAGGUCCCUAUUGUAUACGUUAAGUAAUAAAAUAUUUCUUGAUUGUUUUAGUUUGACCCUAAUCGUACACUGCUUGAACAAUGUAAUGAUCUGCCUUAUGACCCUGAUUUCGAGUUUCCUGAGGACAAGCUCAUUCUUGGGGAGUUGCUAGGAUCAGGGGCCUUCGGAGAAGUCAUUAAAGCAGAGGCUAUAGGAAUAAACAACUUUAGUCCCAGAGACAAAAGUCAAAAGAAAGGCCAGCGGCGACCUAAAAUGUUUCGUCAACACAGGGCCGGCCAUGCGUACCACGAUCCCAGAGGCAGUGCGUACACGAAGACCAUCGUAGCUGUAAAGACUGUUAAAGGUAAUGUUUCAAGUCAAGAGAUCUCUAUUUCAACUUGUGUAACAUUUACCAUGGAGCAAGGAUGGCUGGUAUCUGUCGGUGGUUGGUGGAGGGGGACAAAAAAGGAACUUGGUUUAUAGUUAUUGUAGCAGCUGAUAAUAUGCGGGGGAGGGGACGAGUUACCAGGUUACCUGCGCGGUAAUGAUUUGGGAGACGGGGUAGGGUUGAUUUGGGAAUCUGUGCCUACCAGUGGAAAAACCCCAGCCAUGCCCCUGGAUUCAGUAUGGGUGAGGUGGGCAAUUCGCAUAGGGCCUCUCUCAUGCAUGAGUACCGUUCGUGCUCAUUCCUAUAGCUGAGGUUUGUGCCCAGUUAAACUGAACGUUGCUUGUGACAUGGUCACAUGGACUCCACUAAACCCUGUGGAAACUGUACCUUUUUAACUGACCGAGUACGAUAUUUUGGCACUUCAGGGGGAGCUACUAAAGAGGAAGUAAGAGACCUGGCAUCAGAGCUGAAAAUUCUAAUUUACGUUGGAGAACACAAAAACAUUGUAAACCUCCUUGGUGCUUGUAUCAAGCAAGAUCGUAUACUUGUCAUUCUGGAAUAUGCACCACAUGGGAGUUUACAAAAGUUCUUACGAGGCAAGCGAGAUGUUUAUGACGCAACCUGGACUACGACUGCGAGAGACCCAGAGAUAGGAUUGAAUAUAUCAAAUCUUGUAAACUACUCUUACCAAAUAUCCCGUGGAAUGGAAUACCUGGCAUCUAAAAAGGUAAUGUAGUAAUGUUGUCCCGUUCAAGGAUUCCCACAUUCCUGAAGAAAAUUCAGUUCUAACAAGAGCUGUAGUGGCUCUUGGUUGUAAUAGACCUUUUUGGCUUAUGUUUUAUUUUUCCAUUUCACACCACGUGAUGUUCGCAAGGCAAUUUGCGUUUUGUCUUUUCAUAAAAUACAUACAUACAUAUGCUCGUGGAUGCACGAGCAAAGGACAACUUUUCAGAGGAACGGUUCUCUGGGGUACCAUCAAGUGGUCUGAAAAGGGAAGACAAAACAUACAAGCUAAAACGGUCUAUUCUCCAGCACUCGACUCUAAAUCUGCCCCUGACUACUUGAACCGGGGCGCUUGAAAGAUGAUUAUCCAAUCAAAUCGUUUGAACUUGCCGUUUUUUUUUUAAAACAAGAGAUUCUCUGUUAAUGUAAACGGACCAAAAAAAUUCAAUGUACAACUAUGAAACUGUUGAUAACUUAAAAACCGUUUGAACUUACCUGACCUCUCAGGAAUUAGCCCUCAAAUUUAUUGAGAAUCUUUUGUUUUCAAAAACCGCCAUGAUUAUUAUGAUUUGUGUUUGGAUAAUCUAUUUCCAAAAGCCCAGCUUCGAGUAUUCGCACUGUAAGAGUUUAUUAUGAGUAAUAAAUGGUAAAAAGUAAAGUAACUCAGAGAGAGGCGACCUCAGUAGCCAAAAGCUCGCGCAAAGGAUUAGAAAAAGCAACAUGUAGGAGAAAAGGUUACGGGAACUCCCCUUACAAGCUCACCCCAUUAUCGACUUUCUAAAAUUAGCAGACUUAUUAUUAUUGUAAUUAUCUCCUUCUUGUUUCUGAUUUCUUGAUUUUGCAUUUCUUUUUUCAAAACAUAUCUGUUUUAUAUAGUGUGUUCACCGAGACUUGGCGACCAGAAACGUUCUUGUUGGAGAAGACUACGUCAUGAAGAUCGCUGACUUUGGUCUCGCUCGAGAUAUUUACAAGAGUGACCUAUAUGUGAAGGUGAGCUGUGGUGUUUUGCCAAUGAAGUGGAUGGCGAUAGAAUCAUUGGUUUUGAGGGAGUACUCUGAGAAAAGUGAUGUGUAAGUACAAAUGACAUUUUAAAAAAAUGAAUAAAGGGAGAAUAUGAAAAUAUGCGGCGAUCGUACUCAAGGAUGACAACUAUAUAAUUAGUGCGUAACUAGGCGUUCAAAUCAAAAAGAAGCUGGCCUUUUGAUUACUGCAAUUAAGUUAAACUUGCCAUAACAUAGUUUAGUAGGCGCUCUCCGAUUGGCUGAGAAGUAUGUUUGCAGGCGAGUAACACAGUUAAACGCAACCACGCAACCAUGGUUUGAAAAACUCGACAAGUUUACUUUAUUAACCCAUAACUUAGAGGCAUGGAACUUGAAAAAUCUUUAAAGGGAACCUCCACUUCAACAAAAUGAUAACUUUAAAUCACAGGAAAUAACUGUUACAGUCAAGUCAAUCUAAAAUAUUUUUAAAGAAAGCGUUUGUAUCCGAAAGAAAUAACUUUAAGAUUCGUCUAUUUUUGUUUUCAAAUUUUGCGGGCGUCGCCAUCUUGAAUAAUUGUGACGUGUUAUGGUUGCCCUAUUGUUAUUUUAAAAUUCACUUUUCCUGAUAUAAACACUUUUUUUAAGGACAAAUUUCGAAAAAAUUUGUUUAUCAACAUAAUUUUAUUCGAUUUAAACUUAUUCUGUAGUAAGAGUGGAGGUUCCCUUUAAAAACAUGCUAUAUCAAAGUUUUUACGCUCAAGACGACAUUUUAUCCGUCCUUUAAAAUAUCACCUUUUUUAACAAAUAAAGAGGCCUUGACUGUGCUCUGUUCUGUACGUUGUAAAGCACGCACGACUGGCAGCGGCUAGAACACGAGAGAAGUGUAGGGGGGGAACACGCGAUGUAGUCGUGUAUUUCUCUCUACUUCUUGAGUAGUACAACAGAAUAGAGAUCAGUCAAGGCUUCUUUAUUUGUUUUAUGAAUAUAAAGAAUCCGUUAAAUUCCCCACACAUUCCUUUUUAAUUUUGAUUAAAAAUCAUUAUUUUUUAAAGCAAAAGAGUGUCGUCAGCACAUGUUUUAUACUCUCAUAAAGCACGCUUUUGCAACAAAUCAGAGCGCACGUUAUAUCUGAACUUUAUUAUAAAUGCAAAACAAAAACGUACUGAUUACACGUACAAAACUUCGCAACUAGUAAGAACUGCUCUUUUCAUCAGCGCCAUAAACAAAGAGCUAGGUAGGAACUUUUUCUCGUGAAAGUUGCCGCUAUAAAAGCACCUCGGCAGAAAACUGUUUUUCUGUGGUUUGCAAUUUGUACGAAUUCUCUUAAAUUCUCCCAACACCCGAAUCUCGUGUUUAUAUCAGGGCAUGUAAACACAGCAGAUAACGUUUUCCAUUUGUUAUAAAUAAUACUCGAAAGAAAAAGAAUACUACUGAUAACGAUUCUUGAAUGUGGCGCUUCAUAUGCAAGCCAUGUAAUUUUUGAUUCCAGUAAUUCCCUUGUAGUGGAGUUAAUAGCAGCUUACCAUCUGUUUCCUCGAGUCCAUAGUUUAGCUUAAACAGCUUACAGAGCUUUAUUGACACCCUUUUGGUUUGGAAUGACCCAAGCUGUGAUGACCCUUCGAGUGUGUAUGUUUUGAACCUUGACAUUUAAUAAUGCAGAUGGUCGUUUGGUAUUUGCUUGUGGGAGAUCUUUACACUGGGCGGCACACCGUAUCCCACUAUACCCGUAGAAGAGCUCCUAGACUUUCUCAAUGAUGGAAAACGUAUGGAAAAUCCCCGAGAGUGCCCUUCGGAGAUCUACAAAAUUAUGCAAGAUUGCUGGCAGGAAGGACCCGACAAGCGACCUAAAUUUGAUCAAAUCAGCCAGUCGAUUGGCUCAAUACUUGAGCAACGCGCUUCCCAGGUUAGGCCUUUUUUCUACUGUUUUUGAGGCAAAGGAGGAACUAAGAGAACUUAUCCUCUCUCUUGUCAGAACUUAUUGUACACUAGGUCCUUCAAAAGAAAAAAUGAAGUUUAUCAAAAGGGGAUACUCUCUUGAGUGUAUAUAUCCUUUGUUCUGAUGGGGCGAGCGGGAAUUAAGCUUUGCAGCAAGAAUAUGAAGAGAUGACUUGUACUGUGUGCUCUUGAAAAAAUUACCAUAUUUGCAAUGACAGUGGCGUAUUCAAAUCUCUAACUAAGUGGGGGACCCGCUCAUUUAGUCCCGUAGACUGCAGUUUGGCCUAUAAAGAAGGUGGAGCCCUGGGCCCCCGGGGCCCCUUGGCCUCUCCCGUAGAUCGGCCAUGGAAUGAUAUAACACGAUCUGCAUGCUGUUUUUUUUAGACUGACCCAAUGCAGCUGCUAAAGCUAUACAGAUUAUAAAAAUUUACGGGUCUAUAAGAUCAGAGAAUUUCGACUGCCAAUUGAAAGAAAGAUUAUGAGGGAUGCGCAUCUUUUGCUGGUCAGGAGCCCAUAACCCGAAGUGAGCAACGUCUAUGCGCUUGUGUCACGAUGAUUUCACGAACCAGUUUAUUUUUAGAACGGUUUUGGCGCGAAUUUUGAAUAUCUUUUGAAUUUCACAAACUAGUCAGCAAAACCAAACCUAUAUAGAAAUGGUAUUUGCUGCCUUUUAAUGACGUUUAGGUUUCCGUUUUGAAAUCUUAUACUUCGAAUGAGCCCACAGCUAUGGUGGAGAUUUUAUUUUCGCGGUAAGAAGUGCCCCUUAAAAUGUGUCUAAAAAUAAACUGAUCCGUAAAAACGCCGUGACAUAGGCCUAGUAUGGAAGUUGCUCGCUCCGGGUUAUGGGCUCCUGGCUGGUAUGUUUAUUCUAAACUUCGAUAUUGGGCUUAUUUUUCACAACAGAGUGUCUCGACUGAGUACCUUCACUUAACAGAAGACAACAACGGUGGCAGAAAAGAUUACUAUCUUGAACCACAUGACUCAGACCCCACUGUUUCUGUGACGAGAGCAGAUGUUUAUGACAGGUUAGUACUCUUUCGAUUAAGCAUUUUGCUUUUAUUCUUGAAAAGUUCAGCCACAAGCGAGUUAGGUUGUCCAUACCCGGUAUUCCGUACCCCCAAAGGAGCCAACAAGUCCCAGGCUAAAGAACUUCCCAAUAUUAGUUCGACAAUAAAUACGUUAUGUUAUGUUAUGUUAAUUCAAUAACUGAUAGGUAGGGCCAGUUCUGCUUAUAUACUAGCUUGGCCACUGAGGGAGCGCUUAUUCGGGGAAGAAAUAGGUUCUUCAAAGGAGUACUGAGGAGACAGUAUAUCGUUAAUGAGACACGUGCAAGGAACGAAAGGGACUCAGUUACAUUGUUACGUAAGAAAUAACAGUGCUUAACUCGUGGGAUACAGUUAAUGGUCUUGCUGUGCACGGUAAAUUUAAAAUUGAGCUGAACGAGUGGCUAAUAAGAAACUGUUCCCUUAUGUCAAUGCCGGCGUUUAAUCAAAGGUAAACAAGCGUUCAGAGAUUGAGAGAAGGUUCCCUUAUAACAUCACUUAAUAUAUUUAAGACAGUGUGCUGGAGGUGAUUGUUAUUCAAGGAGACUCUUAUUUUUCAGUUUGGCAGGCGAAUAUUUAGGGGAAGACGCUUAAUCAACGUGAACGCCUUUUAUUUUUGACAUUUAAGGCGUAAUAGCGUAUAAAUCUCAGAGUGAGAAAAUCUAACUCCGUUCGCUGCGUAGAAAUCAUCUUUCGAGUCCAUUGCGGUUGGCAUCAAGAUUUGAAAUAAUGAUAAUAAAAUAGAACAUUGCGAUCUUGUCUCACAGAAUUAUUGGCUCGUCGUAAAAUGUUUUAGUGUGAUUUACGUUGCCUUCUAUAAUCGUGCGCAUGAUCUAAAAUAUAUGGUCAAUUUUAUAGGAAUCUACUUUGGUUGACAGCGUUGUUUUCUUCUUAUAGGCGAUCAAGUUUAAAUAUUGCAAGCAAUCCCUUGCCUCCAUUACCAGGUGACAUGGAAGAUCAAUUCGAUCCGGAAUCAGGGAAGAGACGACAGAUGCUGAAACCAGAGAUUCACGGUGGCUCGUCGGGGAGAGAGGGCGACAUAGAACUAGAAGAAUUCCAUGGUAAUGAGCAUGUGACGCGCCUGUGA